AUUUAAAAUGUUUUAUUGGGCAUGUGAAAGUACAAGCGUUACAUGUGAUUCCAAUAUUUUACUUUUAAAUCUCGAUAUUCAGCCUGAUAUGUAAUGUAAACGCACAUCCACAGUUGCUUUAAUGCUGCGUUAAAGUCGAGCUAAAAUGAGAUAGAAGAUAAUGUUCGGUUUUAUAUUGUAGUAAAACACUAUGGCCAAGAUGCCUGCUGCUUUUGAGUGGGAUAAAGUGAUGAGACUGGACACAGCAAGCCUUCCUGACGAGGACGAGGACCAGCUGAAUGAAGUCUUCGCAAUGUUCAUAACGGUAACUGUCCACACCCACACCUCAUACAUACAGACAUUCAUUUCCAUCUUAAAGCUCCUGUAAGGAGUUUUUUGACGAUCAUGAAAACUCAUAUUGAUACCUCUUUAUGAUGGACCCCAAAGCCUUCAAUAUCAAAACAAAACUAUGGCUAAAACAAAGAUAUGUAUAUAUAUAUAUAUCUAUAUAUGUAAUUAUGGAUUUUUGUGCAUAGAAGAGUGGGUGAGUUGUGUUUGGUCUCUUUGCUAAAGAAAUCAGGCAAAGCUGAAAAGGUGUUUGGUGGCUAGUACUAUGGCUGGGACCCUAUAUGUCCUGUUGAUGAAGUUAGGUGCUGUUCUGAGCAUUAUUUGUGGUUAGAGUGGUGUUUUGGUUGAGGUUUGUUAAUGGCUCCUCAGACUGCUGUGUAUUGCUAUCGCACGGUCGGUACUAAAGUUGGUAUAACUAGAGAAGCAAGCGGUCGGCAACAUUCAUCUCUCUAGGGGGUGCCUAACUCGGUGUUACGGUGUGUUUGACCCUAAAUUAAUUUUACGUCGGAAUAUCUGUUUAAAGCUCCUGUGAGGAACUUUUUGUUUGUGUAAAUUUAGAGCCCCCAGAAGAAUAAAGCAGUCUGUCUUCUUACUACUCUGCAGCUGUGCAAAUUUCGGUUUUAUGAAAUGGAGAAAACUCUGGAAAUACCAAGAGCAACUCGGCUUCAAAUUUGUACAAUGAUUGGAGGCAGAGUCACAUUGUCAAUACUAUGUACAGUCUCUUGCUUCCACCUACCCUCUCCCACCAUUUUCAGGCAUUGUAAAUUGCAAUUUAAAAAUCAUCAAUCAUGUCAUGAUAAUUCUGCUUGCUUUUGGGUUCGAAGCCAGUUCAGUUACGUUUCAGUCCAAUCAUAGAGGCUUUAAGGAACAUCUGAGUACAUCUAAAUUUGUGGGAGGGGGGUCAAAGUGUGAGUUAUGACCCGGCAUAUGGAGUGGAUCAUAAGAUCAUGGUUUCAUUUCACCAGGCUGUGUUGGAACGUAUAAUCAAGUAUGUGAUGUCGGCACAGAAGAGCAAGCAUUCUGCACAGAUAAAAUCUAGACUCGCCUGUUAAGUUCAGAGUGCAUGCUGGUUAUGGGAGGACUGAAAACCUCUUCUUUCAAUCAGUUUAUGAGUAUUCUGUUCUGAUGCAGGCAUGAUGAGUGUUAUCUGACUCAUCUCACAUCCUCCACUCUACCCUCAAGCAGACAAUACAGAGUGUCCUCACAGAACUGAACUGCUUUAAAAACUUCUUUGACCAAAAUUUUAUAUCAUGUUUCCUGAGGCGGUUUGGCUUGUGCAUUAACGUCAUGAUGUUCUUAUCUUCCCAUCUUUAUUUUAAUCCUUUAUCCUCCUCUUCCUCAUGCUGUCUUCUUGUGCAAUCUGAGAAAUGUACAACAAGAGUUGUUCUUGGUUUUCUUGGUAUGUGUUCCUCUGUUGUUAUAGGUCCUUACUUUUUGGCUUUUAAUAUUGUUUAAUUUAUUUAUUGAAUGAUUGAUUGGUACUAUUGUGGAGGCCUGUGCAGUUAUUGAAUACCAGACAAGGGGAUGAUUAGGUCUUUUGCAUCGUAGCAUAUCAUAUCACAUUACAUCUUAUCAUGUCAUAUCUAAUGUUCCUUAAUUUAUUGCUGUAAUAUAGCCAACAGGAGACCCUUAAUGUAUGAAGCGAUGUUAUUGACCCUGCACAAAACCAGGGUUAAGUUGUGGUCUCAUUUUGCAGCAAUUUCUGGUUUGUAUUGCAUUUAGAUGCACAGUGGUAUCAGCAUUACAUCAAUGAUAUUAGCAGACAUGAACUGAUACUAAUGCUGGUUACGCUUUAAUGAUGUGCACUGCAUACAAUGAUGGCUUGCACACCACAGCAACAAGCUUCAGUAUAAUGGCUCUAUGUGAAUAUUCUGAAUUAUUGGAAACAGACAACAAACAGCUAAUUUUAGUUUUUUUUUAAAUGGUGUCAGCCUGUCUGAGUUUGAAAACAUCAGCACAUCAGUGAGUGGCAAAAAUCCUUCAUCAUGCAUCUUCAGUCAAACACUUGGUGGACAGUGUCUAUGCAUACAUGAGGCAUGGCCAGCUGUUUAUAGAGGCCAGUCUAAGUCGGUCACCUUGCAGUAAUGUCUGUUGCUCUCUGUCUACUCCACUACGGCUGGAAGUAACUGUCCAAUUUGCAAAAGCAUUGAUGGGCUGAUGAGUUAUUGACCCAGCGAAAGGCUGAAUUAGUGAGUUUAUUUUCAACUUUACUAAAGCCUGUCUUGUUGUGAUUUUAUUGAAGGUAUAUGCGUUCCUCUGUUCUGAUGUUAGCUUAUCUGACUGGUAGGUCAUCUAGUCAAUUAGCAGUCAGGCAGUUAUUGGAAAGCUGUUUUGUCUUUUACUUCAUUAUUUUAAUCAGUAACUGGUGCAAUGCAAGUUGUAGUGAAGUACAACAUAAGUAUAGUAUGUAAUUUACUACUUUUCACCCCCCUGGUAUUAGAUUUCUGCCACUUUCAGCAAGUUAUAGUGUUUUUCAUUGACUGCCCUCUCUUUUUGAGACCACUGUUGACCUUUAAUCAAUAACUUCUGUCAUCUGAACUUAAAGCUCCUGUAAGGAGUUAUUUAAUGGCUUUUCAUGGUAUCCAAAAGCAAAUAAGACCAUCAGCAACAAGCUUGACGAUUUUGGUACCUGAAUUGUUAAAGCCUGAAAUUGCAGUGAGGAGGUAAGUGUUGGCAAAGCAGCUAAAGUCCCACUUAAAAAAAAAACACAUAUUCACAAUAAAUGGUUCGUUUGAUGGUCAAAGUCAGCAGGAUGAAAUCGUUGGUCAAAAUUCACUCUUCAGUCACGCAAAGGACAGGUUAAACAAAGACUGUACAGGGGGCGCCAAAAUGGGCACAAACUAAAAGUUCCUUAUAGUAGCUUUAAGUAAAUCAGAUAAGGAAAGAAAAGAAACCUCAAGAUAGCUUGUGUUUAAUAACUGAUAUAAUGCUCCUAACAAGGAUUACUGCAGAAAACAGUGAUUCUGUGAUAACCUGUAAUCUGUAAGACAUCCUCAAAAUAGCCGAUGAGCUGAAUAAUAUGUGAGAUUUCUACUUUCUUACUGUUUGUUUUUGUUAACUUUGCAGGCUAAAGAAUGGGAGGUGAAGGAUAAACCACCGGAGAACAUCAUUCAAGUCCUCAGAGUGUUUCAGACCCUGUUGAAGGUGUUCGAUCACCUUAUUUCUAUUUUCAAGUGUCUUUCCAAUCAUUCCUGUCUGUCCCUGCAAACACAAUUGUUUUCUCUAUGUCUGGCUGUUAGUUAAAGGAUCGGGAACUUGCUGUCACCUCUAACUUCAUUGAAGAAAUCGGUGUAAAACAUGCAAAAAAAGGUCAGCAGACAGAUCGAUCUUAUAACCAAAAUACGACACCCUUUUGAGUCUUACUGAAAAACUACAGAGUCGUUUAAAUUGUUGGUUUUGUCUUUUGUAAUGAAGAAAAGGAGCUCCUCGACAAGGUGUCCAGGCUGGAACGAGAGAGUAAGGUAAUGCUCCCUGUCAUAUUCGUCAUCAUGGUCCAAAUACUUACUCGUGUAUCAUUCUUUGGGGGCUCUUUAUCCGUUGGACUUCUGCCUGUGCCAUUUUUUUUGGAGGAGAAAACACUUCUUUUGCAAUGUGACUGGUAAUAACCCCUCUUGCCAACAAAAACAACUUCCAUCCAUAUCUUUAAGCCAAUCAUAGGGGGGGAACCCAAGCUACAAAGGGAUUGGUUGUAUUGACCACAAGAUGACAACACCUAAGAAGAUUACUGCUAAUUCCUCUCAAGCUCAGCUAUUACUUCAAGUUCCACCGUGUUAAUUAUGUUUGAAUUCUCCAAAGGUUUUCAUGUAAUUAGAAUUUACACCAUGGCAGUCUGCCACUGAAAGAAAAGGCUCCCCUUUAUUUAGAGACCCGUUCAUGAUCGUGUAAUGCAUGUGUUAAUGUGUGUCAUGAACAGAUGGAGGUGAUGAAAGACUAAUAGGUCUGGUGGGGGUUGUUUUGGUGUUUGUGUGUCUUGUUUCCGGUCCGCACGGCUCAGCACACCGGCACAGGGCCAGACACCCGCUUUCUGAGAGAUGAGCUCCGCCAGUUUGAGACCCAGCUAGAGCAGAAGGACAGGGAGUUGACCCAGUGCAAGAAAGACAUGGGCAAGGAGAAGACAGCCAACAAGGAGGUAUGAAAAUGUUACCCGUAAGUCCCACACAUGGUAGUAUACUGAGGUAGAAUCAGGAUAGAGUCCUCGGAUGGCCUCCGGGUAUUAGGUCACUCGUUAGUACACACUGUACUAUGAUGUCCGUCCUCAGAGCAAUAAUCGUGUUUUCAUUUCCUUUUGUAUUUGUUACGUAAAUGGUAGCAAUAGUUUGAUGCACCAGCAUUACUGCUGCUUCCAUGCAACCCCAUUCCAAGAGAGUUUGCUGGGUAACACACUGAUGCAAACACAUUUUGAUGGUUUUCAUAUUAUGCAAACCUUUUAUUUCAUUGACUGAUUAUUUCAUUAUUGCAUACUGUAACUGUUCAGCAUUAACGGUGCCUCCAAAAUGUGUAACAUACUCAUGUCACAGGCCCGUAUUUGUUCUUUUGCCACGCCUGGCUUUCAAAUUUGUGCCAUAACAAGCCGGAUGGUCUCUUUCUUCACAGUGUCCAUAUUUCCAAAAGUAACAUCACAUUUUUCAGUUUUCAACUUUGCUUCAGUCCAUCUUAUAGGAUUGUGUCCAAAGAUGAGGCAGGCCUGUUCAUUUUUGGUUCCUUCUUUGCAUGAUACAGUUUUCACCUGCAGCUGUGGGUGUGUGGAUGUCCUCUACAAUAGUUUUUGGAGUGAAUUUGAGCUCAUGCAGUGAUUUCUACUACAGAGUCUUUGAAUGUAGUGCUACCUGAGGGGCCCAAACAUCAGAGCCAUCCAGAAGAUAUUUGGCCUUGUCUAUUUAGUACAGAGUUUUCACCAGAUUCUCUGAAUCUUUCAGUGAUGUUUUAGACUGUAGUUGACGAAAUCCCCAAAUUAUUUGCAACUUUACUCAGAGGGACGUUAUGGAAACUGUCAGACUAUUAAUUUAUAGUUUUCCACAAAAAUGAGUCACUUCUUCCCACUUUCUAAAUCCAUGUUACUUAGCUGUUCAAAUUAAACUUGUAGGUUAGAAGAUAUUCCUUCAAGUGUUUUUUUAAAGGAUUACACAGCUUUUUGAGUUUUUUGCUGUCCCUGUCAUAACUUUUUUUUUGUUAUUUUAAAGUUUGAUUUGUUGUCUUUGCAUUGAUUUCAAUAGAAUAUAGAUGAUUUAUUACCCUUAAUAUUGAUUUAUUUUUGUGUCAACAUUCUAAACAGCGUCCCAACCUUUUUGAAAUUGGAAAAAUCGAGAAUCUCAAAAUACUCAUUUAGACAAACUAAACUAGAUUUAGACAUAUUGCAGCUCUCGGACUUAAUCUGAAGUCACUCUGUCUUCUUAUCCACUUCUUAUUCAUCCGUUAAAUAGACUAGAGGAGGACUGUUAAAGGGUCAGAGGGUAAAUGUAACUCAUGUAGGUCGUACAAAUUGUGUUCACCUCAUUAUGUGUAUUUCUCUUUUUUCUUUACAGCUGCUUGCACAAGUGGAGGCAGCAGAGGAAGAGACCAAGAAACUUAAAAGAGAGGUACUCAGCAGCAGGAACUUUAUCUUACAGAUCAUAAAGUUCACGUUUUUCAUCUUCAUGUAUUACAGAACUUUGACUGUAAGGUUCUGAAAAUCAGAUAGAUUCACAGAUACAUUGAAGACACAUACAUUUUCCAGGUGUUCUCCAUCCUGAAACAGGCUCUAAAUAAUUUGAAAAUGACAGAGCUUGGCAGGGAUGGUUUUUAUCAGAGAGGGCAAAAAGGGAGCUUGAUGCUGUGCAGCAUCUUUGUUGUAAUGAUCUGCGCAGAGAGACUUAAAAGAGAGGAUCCUUGUACAUCUGUUCAACAGUUCUUUUUCUAUCAUGCGAUUUAAUGCUGGCCCUGGCAUUUACCUCCCGUAUCUAGAGACCUGGAUUUUCUUCCCUCAAAACACUUGAAGGCUCUGUUUCUCUUGUGAAUGCUCUUUUUUUAUAUUUCAUUAUCUCUUUUCAUCUCUUUCCAUUCCAUCCCCUAAGAUAAAAAAACUUAAGAAAAAGGUAAGAAAUACAGGUAGUGAAGUAAAAUAAGUUGUCUGUAAGGAUUUGUUGGUAGCUUAGUGUAUGAUUACUAGAUUGUGAAUGUAGUAUUUGCUCUGGGACUUACUUUGUCCAUCCUGCACCAUAACAGAAUGAGCAGCUUCAACAGGAUGUGGACUUCUACAGAGGGGAGCUGGAGCAGAAGCAGCCAGCUCCGUCCAGGGAUGAGAACGCAGAGAUGCAGAAGAAGCUCAGCAUGGCCAACCGCGAGCUCUACCAGUGCCACCAAGAGCUACAGGUAUUUGGGAGGCUGUGAUGAGUCGGUAAAACCAUCUCAAAAACAGGGUAAUAGACCUUUACUUAGUGAGCCUGGUGUUAUUAUUACUGCUUGCUUGUGAGACGUAAAACAAUCCCACUUUUGGCAAAAGAAAAAAAAAACUGUAUCUGUUAAAAAAGACCGUGCUGAUUUUGAGUGAACUGCUUCUCUGAUGGUUUUGUUGUUUGCUUUUUUCUCGCCAGCGUGUCGAGGACGAAAACUUGUACUUGAAAACGCAAAAUGAGCAGAUGCAGAAGAGUCUGGAGGAGUCUGUGAAAGAGAUGGAAAAGAUGACCGACGAGUACAACAAGAUGAAGAUUGUCGUGCAGCAGACCGACUCUAUCAUGGAUCAGCUCAGGAAAGAGAGGGAUCAUGCAAAGCUUCAAGUAAAGACCAUGUCAUAUUUUUUACAUGCUUAAGCUGGAGGAUCCUCAAGACAGAUUGCAGUUUUGAAGUUUUCAUGAUUUUUAAAUGCACGAUUUUGUAUGAGAGGUUGCAGCGAGUUCAACAUGUGUGCGUUUGAUUUUAAUUUGCAGGUAAGAGAGCUGACAGAUAAGAUUCAUAGCAUGACUGCAGAGGAUGAUCCAAUAAUGGCAGCUGUCAAUUCCAAGGUUGAAGAGUGGAAGGUGAGUGUGGGUCAAACAACUCCGAAGGUCCCUCGGAGCUAAGGUUGCUUCAGUGCUGGUGUAUUUGUUUUUCAGGGCCAAUACUAAAACCCGUCUUUGUCGAAUCGACACCUGACGUUUGAAACCAAUGGGCACUGGCAGUAAAAGAAAAAGAAAAACUGUGUGUCAGGAUGUAUUAUUACUUGGAAUAUUAUCAACCCAAAUGUACAACUUUGCCUUAAGUAAAAGUUUAACCUGAACUGAGACAUUCAGACUCAAGGAAAUUUACUUUCAAAUUAUCUGCAAAACAUACUCUAAUCUGAAUGGAGGACCUUGGAGCACUGAGCAUCAGUCCAGUACUUUUUCCACCUUGACCAAAAUAAGAGACUUAAGAAGAUGGCAUGGUGGCUCUUGAUGUGCUGACUUCAGCCUCAGUCUACUCCCUGUGAAACUUCCCCAAGUUCUUAAAUCUGCUUUUCUCGACAACCCCCAAAUCCUGUUGCUCAUACGCCCUUUCCCACCUCGCCUUUACCCGACCAGCCAACGUCCCAGUGCUUCAGUAUAAGUACUCGUGAACAGCCUCCCUUUUCAGCAAUAAACUGCUGUAUCUCAACCUCCUUAUGGAGGGUUUUGAUGAUAGUCUUCUGGACAACCGUGGAGUCAGCAGUCUCUCUCAUGAUCAUGCUGCUACACCGAGGGGUAUUUAGGGUUUAUUAUGUUUGAACAGACACUCAAAAUUAAUGACAAAAUAUACAAAUUUUCCUAAAAGACGCAUUUUGGAGCCCGAGGCCGGAACAAUCAAAUUUAGAAUAGAAGAAUGUUCGGGACAUUUUGAGUCUAGAAUAUAUUGUAUAUAAUGUUCACUUUCCAAAAUAAAUGAUGAAAAUAUUCAACUUUUUCUUGAUAUUCUAUCACCAGUGUCUUUGUGUAUUGACACAAAUACUAAACUAUGCAUACUUUUCCUACUUGGCAUUAGUCCUCUUAAAGUUUAGACCUUAGCUUUUAAGGAAACAGGCUGAACUGAUGCUCUGAAACAUGCCUUAACUUCACAGCGUUGGAGUGGGAGCACUAACAAGUAUGCAUUAAAAAUACUUGUUACUUGAUAGGUUCCUCCUUCUUUACAUUCGUUUUUUUUUGUCCAUUUUGAACCCAUUCUACCAAACCAUCAUAAGCCUUCCUUUACCCCAACAUGAUCAUUUUCUCCUCCCAUAGAGAGUGCUCUCCGGAAAGGACGAUGAAAUUUUGGUGUACCAGCAGAUGAUCCGCGACCUGAGGGAAAAGCUGCGUUCAGCACAGCUGGACUUGGAUAAAAGCAACAUUCUUGCCUUGCAGCAGGUAGGGCCAUAAGGGUUUUAAGGAUGGCUUUGAGUUAAUGUGCAGAAUCACUUAUAUGAAAAAAAUAAAAAAUUCAUCACUACAGAUAAAAGACUAUCCCAAAUAGUCUAUGUAGUCACGUUAGGGGAAUAGGGAAGGGAAAAAACAGUUUUGCUUGCAGGCACCAUAAACUUAGAGGACGUUUACAUAAAAGUACAACAUGAAUCCAUUCUUUCCAUAUGUUGCCAUAAAAAUACCGAGUUUGAGUUUGAGCUCAGCCUGAUUCCAUCAAGUGGUGGUUUGUUAAUGCUCCAACUUCAUCACCUCGGGAAAUAAAGAGGCUUGAUGGUUAUAAAGUUACUCCAGUUAAAAGCAGCAUCAUAUGUUGUAAUUGAGCAGUCAUGUUAAAGAAUUCCCAUUAUACCUUAUAGAGCUAUGCUCAAACACUUUAUUACAGUGUGGGAAAGAUUAGAUACCAUUCAUCUUGAGCACAUGCUGUAUGUAUGUAUGUUUGAAAUCCCGACCUUUUCAUCCAUCCAUUUCCUCACUUUCCACCUACUGUCUUUGCCUUAUCAUGUUUCAUCAACCUGUCCUCUCUCUCACCUUGCUAUCGCCAUCCUGGGCAAAGGUCAUAUAUGAACUAUGCACUGUAAGUUGCAUUAUGUGUCUCUUCCUUGUCCCUCCUAAGCUUCCAUCAUUUCAUAAAUAAUCUUUAUGUUGAAGAUGUUGGAGACUCAGGGUGCCACAGCUCGCAAGAUGUAAAGUUAAAGUUACUUUUCUUUUUUCCAAAUCGUGAUGAAUGUUGAAGGCCGUCCAGGAGAGGGACAAUCAAAUCAAGAUGCUGAGUGAACAGGUGGAACAGUACACAGGGGAAAUGGAGAAGCACACCCAGCUUAUUGAGGAGCUGAAGACAUCCACAAAGAAAGAUAAAGGUGCGUUAUGAUUACCAGUUGCAUAGUAUAAUACCCAAGAAUACUCACCAUUCACACAGAGGUCAUGUUCUUCUUUCAUUAUGCAUGGGAGCAACUUAUUAUUUUACUAUGUAACACAGUUCAUCACACAAACGGUUCAUAGUGUUGGCUGUUACAUCAAAUUGUGGGUUAUCAAACAUGUUAUUUUCCCUUAAGCGUAGUCAAAAGUCCCUUCAGAAUUUCCCUUUACAUUGUUUUUUAGCCGUUCUUGAAUAAAUCAUACGUUAAAUAAUAUCAUUACGGAUGUAUUUUUAUUUAUUCAUCCAUCGACAGUCAGAUAGGCGAAAUCUGUAAGUCUGAAAACCUGUAAUUACGUCAGUCUUAAAAAAAUUAUUUUAAAGACUUCAAAAUAAAAGUCAUAAACUUACGAGAAAAAAGGCAGUAUUUAUGACAAUAAAGUACUUAUGAAAAAAAAUAUAUUAUUGAUGAGAAUGAAGUCGUAAACUUACGAGUAACGAAGUAAUUAUUUUUGAGAAUAAAGUGAAAAUUGUGAGAAUGAAGUGAAACUUAUGAGAAUAAAGCCAUUAUUUUUGAGAAUAAAGAUAUUUAUGAGAAUAAAGUGAUUAUGAGAAUAAAGUUGUAAACUUACAAGAAUAAAGUCAGUAUUUAUGAGAAUAGAGUCAGUAUUUAUGAGAACAGAGUCAUAAUAUUCUAACCUGUUGUUUUAGAGGGGAGUUGUUAAUAGAGGGCUGUGGAGCAUUUAGAUUAAUUGUACUUCAGUAGGUUUUACAAACAAGGAGAUACUUAAUCCUUUGGCACAUCAGCAUCACAUUUGUCAUUUGACUUUAAAAAGAAUAAACAAAAAAAAAAUCAUUUUCGCAAAAAGAACUAGGCAGACUUGGAGGAAAUCGUUGUUUUGAUGGAGGGGGAAAUGACCAAAAAUGUCUGUGCAGAGGCGCCAAUGCAGCGGGUAAUAACAACAGCAUAGGGCUUUAGUUUAUUAUUUGAAUCCAUAUGCCAUAAGGCGUUGGUGCUUGUCGGCCCUCGACUCCCUUUUGAUUGCAUAUGUUGACUAUCAGUUGGAUUGUUUCUUGAGAAACCACAAAAGCCCUCUGAAUGGCCCCCUGAUGCACCCACUGAUAACUUCCAGCCAUUUCCUCCUCCACAAAAGCAGCUUUAUUUACUUUAUGACUUUCUUUUCUUAAGUUUACCACUUGAUUCUCAUAAAUAAUGACUUGAUGCUCCCAAAUGUAGGACUUUAAUCUUGAAGUCCUUAAAGAAAAAAUUCUUAAUGUGGCCCUAAUAUUCUAUCGUAUGUAAUAAAGAAGCUGAAUGUGACGCCAGCAUUUCAGACUUUCUUCAUGGGUAUGAUGUCAGAUGAAAAUCACAGCUGUAUAAAUAUGGAUAGUUCUGAAGAAGUUAAAGUCAUAAAUGUAAUUUCUAAAGCAAUCCUUACUGAAAAUUCAAUAAGUUAAAGCAGCUGUGAGCAUCUUUCAAACUGUAUCAGCUUUGGGGGGCGUAGCAAACAAAGCCUCACAUUACACACAAAAUGAAAUAAAUGUUGACUAAUGACUUUUGUUGCUGUUUAAUACUGUUUUGCUUUGGACAAGUUGGAAGGUGUGACAUUCCAGGGACUUGUUACAAGGUGGACUACAGGAACUAGAUUCUCAUUAUGAUCAUUUUUAUCCUCAUAUUCACCCAGGCCUGCCAUCGACUGCACAGCAGAGAAAAAUCGAAGAUCUGAAGUGUAAACUAGAAGCUGCCGUGAGCAGAGCAGCAGAAGCAGAGCGCAUGGUGAAGUCUGCAGAAGCUCACGCUGAGGAAAAAGACAAAGCGCUCAUUGAAGCUUUAAACCGCUUGAGCCAGUAUGAAUCUGUGAGUGUUUAAGCGUCCUGUGUUUCCUGUUAGUGCUUUUACUUUUUGCAUUUGUCAAUCAUUUCUAAAUGCGUGUCAAAUUUCCAAGAAAAAAUGUCUUGUGCUUGUGUUCCUGUCAUAAGUUUUUUAGGCGACCUUAAAAUGUCAGCGUGACCGGUCUAAUUAAAAGGCUUUUUAACAUCUACAAACUAACCAUCUGUCUUUGGCUGUGACCAAUCAUUUCCAAAAUUUACCCUAAUAAAUUCUCAGUCUUAUAACAAGGAAGUGCUUCUGAUGAACAAGUAAUAUCCACUCUGUCUAUGCAUCACAGGGUGUUUAUGGCCUGGAAGCAGCCAUUUUGGAGAUCAAAGAGAGCAAAAAUCAAAUUAAGGUGAGGGAUUGUGAGGCAGAGGCCAUGACCAAAGAGAUCAACCAGCUGGAGAUGAGAAUCGGCGAGCUCGUCGAUGAAAAUGAGGACUUCAGAGAGAAACUAGGUCAGACCUUAAAAGACUAUUAAAAGUGAUCUGAUCUGAAUUUUCUGUCUACUCAAACACCAAUGACUAAUGUGGGAAAUUUUUAAUUCGUCAUUUGUUCUUGUCGCUGUCUUUUUUCGUUUAUUUUAAGGUCUGGAACCAAAGCAGGAAGUGGAUCUGACAGAGUUUAGGCGAGCCAAAGAACUCAGACAACGCCAGUACAAAGCAGAGAAUCAGGUCUUGACGAAAGAGGUAGAGCCAGACAAGAAGGAUUGAUAAAAGCUUCUUCUGUAAUCACUUGGUUUGUUUGGACAGCUCUCACUUCACCGUUUGAUCUCUUUCAAGAUCGAGCGGCUCGAGGAGGAGAGACUGGAUCUGAAGAAAACAAUCAGACGGAUGGUGAAAGACAGAGGUGAUGCAAAACUCACAGUGUUACAUCAGUUACUGUAUCAACCCGCCCCUGCUCAGAGAUAAGAGGUUGUUUUCAAUGAUUGGAUCUCUGGCAUUAUCUCAGUUCAAACUUUUUUAUCUUUUUGAAAUGUUCAUGCUACAGUGCAGUGAUGAGGGAUCGAAAACAGUCAACAGCUACAUGUCUCUUGAGGAACAAAGGCAGAAUAUAAUCAUUUUUAUCAGUUUUAAAGGCAGAUAUCUCACAAAAACCCUGAAUAACAGAGACUAUCUGCAAACCUGAGGGCAUACCUGUCUCCUCCUUCAGCCAAAAAAAUCACUUUUACUAAACGUGUGGCCAUGAUUUUAUUAAAUGGCAUUUUAAAUAAUAAAACACUGGUCUACCCACGAUGACUUUGUAUCAUGGCAACAGUGGAGAAGGCUCCCAGAGUGCAAGGUUACAUAACUGAACAUAGCAAGUAGCUGAAAUAAACCUUUUCCGAGACAACAAUCUGAGAUUACUGGAGAGAUUUUGAUCCGUCAAUCAGGUAAAGCUACAACAGCGGUGUGAGAAGAAGAGUAGAAAGCCUGAAAAUGAAAUUCUGUUCCAUUCUUCGUUCUUGCUCCCUUUUCCAAUACGUAUGGAUCAGAAUUGAGGCCCAAAACAUCUGAUAACAAUUUCUUAAUCUGUCAUUUUGAGUGUAGAAACACCUGUUCAUGCAACGUUUACAACUUUGUUGAAUGGCAACAGCGGAGGAGGCUCCCAGUUUACCAGUUUAGAGCCGGAUAAUUUAAGGGAGGAAGGUCUUUAGCCUUUUUGCCUUUAUUUGAGGGGACAGCUGAAGAGGGACAGGAAUUUGGGGAGUAAUGAGUUGGGGGAUGAUAUGCACUAAACGGUAGAGGCCAGGGGGUUAGAACCAGGAACUGCUGCAACAAGUCCAGUAGUCUCUCUCUAUUUAAUAAAGUGUGCAUUUAAACUGCUAAACCAACUGUCCACUCAUAUCAGCACCUCUUGAAGUAAAGGCUCACGGUGUGGGCUAAAACAAUCAUCUCCAAUCAGUGUUUACCACACUGACACGAGGAAGCAGUUCUAAAUGUUGGAUGUAGUUUUCUUUAUUUUAAUCUGAAUCUACUUUAGUGCUGAACUGGAAGAAAAGUUACUACAAAAAGUGCAAAUCUACACUUAACUUUAUGUCAUACUAUUUUAAGGCCAAGCAUGCAUCCAACACAAGCAAGAACAGCAACAUUGGCAAAGAGACAACCUUUUCACACAAAUGGAAACUUAAGUUUGACUGUUUUGUUCACCUUUAAAAAGAUUUAUGAGACAAGCAGAGAGAUCGCACAGACGGCUCCUCACACAAAGAUCUACUGUGAGCGGCUCGGAGAAACAAGGGGGAUUUUAUUCAUGGCCAAAAAACAGUCCAUUUUGUCCUUUUAGUGACAAGUUGAUUAUGGUUUAAUGCUCAAUGUGUGCUGUUUUGUCAACCCUGAUAACAAUCAGCUGCUUCUACAGGAAUCCCACAUUCAAGCUUGCUGCUGGAAGAGGACGCCCAGAUCACAAAUACACAAAGCAGCGCUCACACAGAUGAAGACAUACGACUGAAAGUAAGCUCCUGGCUCAUGAUGACAUUUCUGGCAUGAGUUUUAAGGACAAACAGUUUCCUCUAGAGCCAGAAAAUAAAUGACUCUUAGAUUAUCUGUAACAACAAGUUCAUAUCCGUGUCAUUUCAGAUUGAGUACCUUGAGAAAGAAGUGAGCAAAAAAGACAGAGAGCUGGAACUUCACAAAACCCAGUUUCAUGUCAAAUGUAAGUACAGCUCAUAUGGACAUUUCUACAAAUGAGCUCUCCAAGGACUAUGAAUUUUGUCUCUCUUACAACGGCAUAGAUUUAACUAAAUAUUUGUCAAAGAGUUUAUAAGAUAACGGUAUUAUAGAAACUCAUGGGUGUCAUUCUCAUCGUUCUUUUCUUUCAGUGGAUGAACUGACAAAAGUCAAAAACGACCUGGAGGCUGCGCUCACAGAUGUCCUCCAAGCUUUAAGGAAUUACCAAAGGAACACUCCAUUUGGUGCUGCAAUCAAUAUUCCCAGUCUGGAAAGGUUGGCGAAUGUGAGUGUCUCCCACGCACCAAAUGUGAUUUUAAACUCAGAUGGUUUCUGUUAUAUCUACCAAGAGUUUCAGAUUAGCCCAAUUCAUCAGUCUCCUUCUCUUUUACCACUUUUGACUGUUUAAAGUCGACAUCAAACCAAGAGAGGUGUCUGGCUGAGAUUAAUUCUAGUGUUGGUUAAUGUGGGCUCAAUUAUGUUUUGUUUAUUUUCACUUUUGAAAACCAGUCUUCAUGUAGAGUUUUGGAUUUGCCCGAGUAGAUCCCCCCUGAGCCAACAGCUGCAGUGGAGUAUAAAUUUUCUUUGACACUGUUCAUUUAGAGUGCAUAUUUUUUUGUGAGUGAUUAACUCAUUCUGUACAUACAGUUAGGUCAGCAUCUGCAAAGUCUUGAAUGAACGCUUACCCAUUCAUACGUCUCAGGGGGAGGAAGAUUUGUGGUUUUGCAGGAAUGCUGUUUUUAUAGGAUGCAGUCAAUCGUAUGUUGAUAAAACUUACAAAAAAAGUUCCUCUCCUGAUUCACAGAGGUCGUUUGGGUGUUGUUCUAUCUUUGACUUAACCUUUAGCGUUGUGUUCCUGUUUUUUUUGUUUUAAUGACUUUGACGUCUCAGAUAGCCUCUUAGCCAUAUCUUUUUAAAGUCCCACCCCAAUCAUUUUUUUUACUACUUCAAGUUUUCUCAAUUUAAAGCAAUAACCCUCUGAGUCAUGAGCGGAAAUAGCGCUGCUCUCCACACUCGUCUUCACGCUAGUUUGCAGCCUAACAUUGCUGUUGUAGUAAAAGUAGCAGGUAACAUAGGAGCUAUUCAGCUCUCGGACACUAAUGUCUUCGGGGACAUGAUGUAAGUUAAUAUCAUAAUUAGCUUUCUUACGAGCAUUGCAAUCCGCUAAUGCACAGGCUUGUUCCGCAAUUGUCCUCUUUACUUUUCUGAGUCUGGCCUGUAUAGCAGGGGCCCCGGGGGCGAAGCUUGGAUUUGCUACGUAGGAAAUCUCACUGUGUCUGAACCUGAUGAACCUGUAGCAUCAGGAAAAUGCCGUAUGAACAUGUAGAAAACAAGAAAAACAUUAUUUUCAUCGGAGUGGGUCUUUAAGUGGUAAAGACUUGACCCCCGUCCAAGGUAGAAACACCAACAAAAUUACAGGCAAGACACUCAGAACAGUUUUUAUGGGUUGGCUUGGCUCAGGUGCCGCAGAAAACCAAGAUUUCUUAUAAAUCACACCCGCAUUUUGCAUGUUUUUGUGAGUCUGUCUAUGUUCUCAGCGUCAUGGGUUUCAAAAGGCUCUAAGCAUGAUCAAAAACAACUUAAACGACUGAGAGGGUGUCUGAAGAAAAACCACUGGGCUCAUUUUUUAGUGUUCUAGUUUGACUCAUGUUCCAUCUGUCGUAAUGGAGAAGAAGUACCUUAAGGCCCCUGGAAGCUGUGGCGCCAGUUUGGAUUUCUGUUUUUCUGUCUGAUUUUUAUAAACCAUGGUGUGAAAUUCACAGACUGGAACACUGUAGCCUCAUGUUGCACAGAGACAAAAAUAGAGCAGACACGUUAAUGAUAUAAAAGUGGCAGGUUAUUUAUCAGUGUAAACAGAACUAACCACGUCCUCAAUAUUUGUGGUUUUAUUUGACUCCUUGACCUCUUUACACAUUAUUAGAGCUUAGGUGAGUCAGCUGGUUCUUCAUCUUCACUUGAAAACACACACUUGAAUGUUAUCCCUUUUUUGGCCAUGCUUCAAGAAUUCUCUUAUUAAUGUUCUGCUGAAUUCUAAAACUUUUAGUAGAUGGGACAUCCAGCUGUGCAGAAAACGUAUGCUGUGCUGUCUGUUAGUCUAUAAUGCUGCUCUGUUUCCCAUUAAAGGGGAAUUUUAAAUCUGCCUACUCUUCAUUUUGAAGAGUCUGCAGGGUGAACUUAACGUAGAUUUUUUCAUAAGCAUGAUGCAUUACGAAAGAAGAUCAAGAAAUAUGUGACCACUGACUUCACUUGUUCCGUUUCUGAACUGAGAUAAUUGUUUUUUUUUUUAAUGAUAUCUGAUCCUGCAAUCUGUUUUUUGCUCCGUGAGAAUCUGUAGAGUUCUGCCUCCUUGGCUAUCACGCCCAUGUUAAAGAGAUUCCUAUCUCAAAAAAAAUCCUGCAGGUAAAUACACACUCAUGAAUGAUCCUGACGUACUCGAGCUCUUCGUUGCAACAUGAUUGUUGAGUUUCCUAGAGAGUUACAGCAUUUGUUUGGAUGCUGUAACUCAGGGUUAUGCCAUCUGCUUGGCUGGAAACAAUAGACACACACACCUCCCAGGUAUUUUGAUGGUGUUUGGAAGCUUGUGAGAGUCAGAGGGUUCACCACAUAGCAACAGAGAAAAAAAACCAGCUGAUAGUAACAGAACUUUUGGUUGAUCCUGCUGCACUUGCGUCAGAUGUUUAAUAUUUGAACUGAAGGCAGAUGAGGUCCAUUUGUGUUCAGCUUUGAUGUCACACUGCAGGGUGUUGAGGAAGUGACAGUGAGUAACAGGUGCAAACCACAUUGCAUUUAAAGUUUACUCAGAAAACAAAGGAUAAUUAUUUUAAUGUGGAAGUUCUGGAACUGAGAUUUGACCUCCCUAAUUCAGGUCACAGAUAUCGACGUCAUGAGUGGGCAGUCCGAGUCAGCUCUGCACCUGAAGACCCAAAUCCACCAGCUGGUGGGGAGAAAUGAAGAGCUGAGGCUGGAACUGAAAUCUGCACGAGAGGAGGCCACCAGCAGCUUCAGUCAGCUCGCCGCAGCCAAAGAGAAGGUGGGUCCACAGUGGGGUUUCUCAAGACCAGAUCUCUGGAUUGUAUCCCUGUUAGCCUUUGGAUAGAGCUGGCAGGGAGGACAGGAGGGGAAACGCCCAAUCACCCACUCACCCCUUAAACCUCAGCAGCUUACAUGCACACGCCCGCUCAGACAUCCGUGUGCUGAAUAGCUUAGUUUAGCUUUCAUCUUUAAGUGCGAGUAAUUACCCCAGAAGCAGCAAUUAAACUUUAGCGACAGGAAGGGCAAUUUGAAUUAGAUUUUUUAUCCCCCUGAGUCUGUAAGGCAAAACCAAAGUGGUCCAGAGCCAAUCAGUUUGAGCUGCUUGCAGAGGCAGCGCGAGGACAGAGGGGUGGAUGGGGGACGUCUCUUUACUACUUCUAAAUACCAACAUGAAUUGAUUUUUAACUGGAAAAGUGUGAAGUCACAUUUUUGGUUAUUCAGGGACGGCUUUGUGUCAACUUUCUCACUUUUUUCAGUGAACUUAAAAUACCAAGUUUUCACUAGACCUGUUUUUAUGGAGGAAGAAACACAGCCUGAAUUUUCUCAGGUUCUCAUGAAAAUAAGAAUGACUGGAGCAUUUCUUCAAACAAAAUUCUUUUCACUUUUGUGCUUAAAAAAAAAUUUGCAAUAAAAUGUUAAAGAGAAACCAAAGUCUUCCGGUGAUACGGCUCGUAACUUUGUGUCUUUGACCUAUUUUUUGAAAAGGAGAAAAGCCUCACCACACAUUUUAAAUCCUCCUAGUGUCCUCAUUUGUCCAUUUUUAUCUAUCUGGUCAUUUGUCAUUAACACAAUCACAGUCAGAUAGACCCAGAAAGUAGAGCCAGGUAACAGUUUACAAGUUUUUAAUCGGUCCAAAGUCAGUAACAGGGGGUCAGUCAGAAUUAGGCAGAGGGACAAAAACGGGAGGCAAAAACUCAGAAUCCAAUAAACUAAAUCACAGGUCAGGAACACGAGGAAUAAACACUUGAAAGUAACACACACAGGAUAAUGAGAUGAUCUCCAACAGACUGAGUGGUGAGAGGAGUAUAAAUACACAAGGACAGAGACUUAAUGGUAAACAGGUGGGAGAUGGGCUUCAGCCUGAGAGGAGCACAUACAAGGGUGGGGACCGGACGUAAAUCUAGAAGACAAAGAAGAAGAAUUAGACAUUUCAAAAUAAAACAGGAAAUAAACAGACAUGAUACAGAAGGAAAGGAAAAGGGGAACUGAAAGGGAUAUUGUGGCUAAAAUCAAGUUAUGGUCAAACACGUCUUAACACUGAGUUAGAGACUCCCUCAAGAGAUGAAUGUUGCAGACCACUUGCUUCUCUCGUUAUACCAACUUUUGUAACAACCGCACAAUAACAAUACACAGCCACAAAUAAUGCUCAGAACAGCACCUAACUUCAUCAACAGUACAUAAAGGGUCCCAGCCAUAGUGCUAGUCAUCAAACAUCUUUUUAGCUUUGCCUGAUUUCUUUAGCAAAGAGACUAAACACAACUCACCCACUCUCCUCCAGCAGGGGCUUAUUUGUGGUGGAGCCCUGACGAGUCGAUCACCAAGUGUAGGGGAUCAUUUCCUUGAAGUAAUUAUCAUUACAAUAAUCAUUUCGCACUGCAGACGCGGUAGUUCGUCUGCUUUAGCAUCUCGGUCUGAUUGCAUUUCCAUGAAGUAAAAAUCAUAAGUGUUCUUCCUUGAGCUGCGAAACUCCGCUGCACUCAGUGAUGGACUCAUCAGGGCUCCCCCACAAACAAGUGGCUGCUGGAGGAGAGUAGGUGAGUUGUGUUUAGUCUCUUUGCUAAAGAAAUCAGGCAAAGCUGAAGAUGUUUGGUGGCAAGUACUAUGGCUGGUACCCUUUAUGUACUGUUGAUGAAGUUAGGUGCUGUUCUGAGCAUUAUUUGUGGCUAUAGAGUGGCUUUUUGGUUGAGGUUUGCGUGUGGAGACAUAGACCGCUGUGUAUUGCUAUCGUGCGGUCGUUACUAAAGUUGGUAUAACUAGAGAAGCAAGCAGUUGGCAACAUUCAUCUCUCUCGGGGGUCUAACUCGGUGUUACGGUGUGUUUGACCAUAACUUAAAUUUACGCCAGAAUAUCCCUUUAAGCAUCUUCAAUCAUGUCGUUGGUGGUCUUGUUUGCUUUUUGAUACCAUAGAAAAGCAUUAAUAUAAUUUUCAGUCUAAUAAACUUCCUCACAGGAGCUUUAGAUCUUGGAAAGUUAAGAUUUCGUUGCAUGACAAAAAACAUUUACACUAAAACUCACAUAUGCUGCUGGAUUUCAUAGGCCAAGAAAUUCAGCUAAAUGAUAUACUUGUUUUGCUGUAUGCAGAGGACACUGAUGAUGAAAUAUGAUGAGAGACAAAAAGGUUAAGAGUGCACCAAAAGUUGAUAUAAAUGAAUAAAAAUGAGCUCCAUGUACCGAGACUUGAGACUUCACUGUGGUGGUCUUGGUUUUGAUACAGACCAUGGCCCUUUUCAGCAUGUCAUCAGGUCUCUCCCCUCCCAACAUUUCCUGUCUCUCUAAAUUGUCCUGUCAAAGAACAGAAAAAUAACCCAGGGGAUACAUUUUAACUGGCAGAGAUGAAAAGAAAAUACAAUCAUUGAAUUUAGUUGAAUAACUCAGCAGGUCUGAGGACCCACAUCCUCUGAUUUAUUGUCCCAAAAUGAAGGACUGUGAUGACAAAAGAAUGAGCUCUUGAUUACAGCCUUGAAUCUAAAAGGGAAAUGGAUCUGCUGCCGCAAACAUCUUUCCUAUCAUUUUGAGCUAUCUGCUGCAGCUUGGAGCCAGACCUCCAAAAAAGAUGGAGUCGUGCGAAAGGUUGAUAAACAGAUUUUGACGAUUUGCUGUUCAUUAAAGCCUUGUCUUUCAUUGAAAAUGUGCAAAUAAGUAAAUAUCAACCUCUGAAACUGAAAACUUUCAUUUCAAAACUUGUUGGACUUGGACACAUUCAUCUUUGUGUUGCAUCACCUAUCCUUCCAACAACACUGCAAACGUUUGGGAAACAAGGGGACCAGUUUUGGACUUUUGACAGCUAAAUGUUGCCCCAUUCUUUACCGAUAUAUACAUUUCAGCUGCCCAACUUGUUUGUUUAUCUCGUGAUAAACAGAAUGUUCUCACUCUGUGACAAAUUAAGACUGUCGGCAGGCCAGUUUAGCACCCAAAUACUUCGACCGCAGAGCCACAACUGUUGUAACAUUUGCUGAAUGUGGUUUGGCAUUGUCUCGCUGAAAUAUGCAAGGUCACUACGGCAGCUCUAAAUGUUGCUCCAAAACCUGCAGAUAUGAACACUGCUAUCCCAAAUGUAAAAAUGGAUGCUGACUUAAUAAACUCUGAAUAAACUCUGGGUGCUAGUGUUGUUUUUUUUGAAGCAGAAUCAUCAGAGGCUCCAAAACCAGCGGGCGAAAUUGGAUUUUAAUGCUUUUCUGUUUUUCUUCGCCUGACAGGUGAGCCAACUGGAAGGUGAGCUGGAGCUGUUGAGGAAAUCCAGCAGCGGUGGAGUGGUCUUCAGACCUCUGACCCUCCCUGAGGGCCUGGAGCCCAGCAGCACUGAGGUCAUCAGCUCUCUGAAUGAGUACUGUGUCCGACUUCUUCAGGUCAGUGCCUCUGUCCGCUUCAGAACUGCUGAAAAAUCUACAUUAUCUCUUAAAAGAAGACUUAACUCUUUUAAUCCUUUAAUUUACAGGAGCUGAAAAUGAAGGAGGAACAAAGCAAGAAACUGGUAGUAACACUGGAGGAGUACAAAGAGAAGUUUUCUGUCAUUAGCCACCAACAAGGACUCCUCUAUAAGGAAUACCUCAGGUUGGUUUCUGAGGGAGUUUAUUUUCUGUGGAUUUUAUUUGAUAGCCGUUUAUAAUUUAUAACUGGCUUGGUUUUCUUUCUUCUCUCUCAGUGAGAAGGAGGAGUGGCAGAAGACGAAGGAGACAUUAGCAGAAAAAAACAACAAGCUGGAGGAGCAACAGGUGGUGGACGCUGUUCAAAUCCAAGAAUUUAAAGUAAGAUUUUAUAAGUUAUUUCUUCUUAAAUGCUGCAGCAUAAAGUUGUACUUUACAACGCACUCAACACUCAACCCCACACACGCAGACACGUCAGGGCUCUGACAUGGUUGGAUGAUCAGAACCAGCCAUGUCUGACUAGAUUAGCCACAAAAUAAAUCUCACAAAAACUCCCUGUUUUUUUUUAUGUCUGUGAAAUAUUCUCGGUAUCAUUAAAUGUUGCGCACACAUGAGGAAAACAGACUUCUCACUCUGUCCGGCUGUUUAAAAUAUGAUUGAGACUCUCCUGUAUAUUAAACGCAGACUGUCUCGAAGCCAGAAAGCCCUGCUGUUUAACGUUUGUGUCCACACAUGUUUUGUGAGGUCCAACAUCUGCCUCUGUUGUGCUUUUUAAAAUGGCUGAGCGAAGAACAGAGCAUUAGUCACAAAACAACAAGUCACAAUUCAAAUGAAAUCCGCCUUUGCUUCUCCCUCGCAUUUCAUCUCCUGUUGAGUUUUAUUCUCUUAAAAGUUUUAUUUAAUCUUUACCAUCUUCCACAUUCUUGUAAGGAACUGCUUGCAACCCUCCAGAAGGACCCGGAGGAAAUGAAGAGGCAACUGAGUGAGGCCUUGCGUGUACUGACAGUGCUGAAGGUCAAUGAGAAGAAGCUGACACGCCGCUACAUCACCCUGCAGGAGCAGGAACAUCUCCUCCGCAAAGAGAACAACAAGCUACGGGAUGAGAGCAGCCAAAUGCAAGCCUCUGUCACUCAGAGGAUGGGAUACCUGCAGAGAUUCAAGGUAACGAAACAGGAAGUUCAUUUUCGUCUUUUUGAGUAGAAAUGUUAAGGUUACACUAAAAAAUAAUGAUGCAUUAUGGGAAAACAGCAUUACUUAAAGCUAACACUUUUGAUUUUAUGCUCUUGAGGAUGUUAAAAAUGAAAAAAAAAAAAAAAAGCCUUAUCAGAAGUCAAAUAUGAAGUACCAGUGACAGUCUACCUGAAAAAGAUCAGCCUGGAAAGAAUCAACCAAAGAAAUUCUCGGUCGACUAAAACCCUGAAACUUUCGACCAAAAAUCGACUAAUAUUGGUCGAGUCGGGGAUUUUCUGAACCUGACGGAAAACACUUCUGCAGCAGGGGACAACGCGGCUCGACGUGGCAAAAAAAUACAGAUAUCAGCACAAGAAGGAAAUAAAACACAAAAGGCUAAAAUAAAAAUAUUCAGUUAAUCACCGGACGUUGAUUAACGUGGACGCUCUUCAAUCUUCCCAUAUCCAGCCGGUCUCCAGUGGGUUUGGCGAAUCCAAAUUGGUGAAAACAAGGGGGGUGUUCUGAGACAGGCUGUUACCUGUGAAACAGGGAUGCUCUGAAAACACUCCGAUUAGCACUUGGUACGUUCCUGCCGAUGAAAUUAACCAUAGACUGUAAGUUGAUGCGGAAAAAAUCGAGUCGACCAAUCAGAAUUUUGGUCAACUCAGCACCUACCGACCAACAAGUCGACCAUUCAGCUAUGACUUUAGAGCACCAAAGAAUAGUGUUUCUUGGCUGACUCAUUUUUAUUUCCUAUUCUAAAGUAAGAUUUAUUUAGCACUCUCACAGCGCAUGGUUGUAAAGUCUCUCACAAAAUAUCUGCCUCCAGCUUUCCAUUGUUUGGCAAAGUUCAAAGUAAAACUGUUAUUAGAAUGCCAACUUCAGCUGUUAUUUUACAACAGUUCAUGAGUUUUGAAAUACGAUGUUACGACAUGAAAUAUUGCCUUUUAUCCCAGAGCACCAUAGAUUGUCUUUCACAAUUCCUGAUGAAUCAAGGAUCAGCCAAAUAGAAAUGUUUGCCCUGAACCUCAUCUAAACUCUCAGUUCUGGUAAAUUUGUGGCCUUUUGGUGACAUUAGUUUUUGCUCUGUCCCAAGGACAUGGCUGCAUAUAAGGUGGCAGCACUGCAGAAGGCCCUGGAUGACAGCGUGCCUUCAUCAGACCUGGAGAAGGCCAACAAACAGUACACCGAGCUCACAGUCAAGUACAGGGACAUGCUGCAAAGAGACAGCCGCCUGAUUCAAAGAACCACCAACCUUGAACAUCUGGAGGUAUGAAGACACAUCAGCCAUCCAAAUCUAUCUCACUUAACCUCCAGGAGCAGCGCUUUUUUUAUCAUGUUUGACGAAACAUAUAGUAACUUCCUUAUUGUUCCCUCUGUUUCAGAACGAGAAUGAGUCUCUGCGUGAGCAAAUUUCUGCCUUGAAUAAAGAACUGGAAAUCGCAAAGGAGAAACUGAACACUUUAGAGCAAGCAUGGGACAACAUCAACACUAAUGGUGAGCAACAACAACAAGCCACUACAAUGCUUUCUUUUAAGACUGUAUCGACCAAAAAAGCAAUUUCAUUUUGCAGGAGAGAGGACUUAAAGUAUCGCUGACUUAAUGUUCCUGAAGCUUCUUUAUGCCAAAGUUUGUUCCACACAUUUUUUAUAAUCCAAGUAAUCCUACAUUUGCAAAAAAAAAAAGGAUGUUCUACCUGAGGAAUCGUUUUGUAUGCGAUUUGUCCCUCUGAAGGCAACCACAGGUGAAGCCAUCAGUCUGUUUUCUUCCAUGGGGUCGGUCUGUGGUGGCAAUAGGCUAAGCAAGCUGCCCCGCAUAUCCCUCUCCUCAGCUCCUACUGGGAAUAUGUCCUCCCCAGAUCACAAACUAGUUAUACCCCAGACUCCCCUCCCAGAAACCUCUGAAGUGGGGUGCAAGGGGGUAACCUGAUCAGGUACCGCAACCACCUAAUCUGGCUUCUUUCAAUUUGAAGGGAUAACCGCUGCCCUCUGUUCCCUCUGGAUGUCUCAGCUCCUGGCUAAAGUCUUCUGUUAACUUUCUCAUACUAGACUACAGUGACAGUACGAACACAAAGACUAAUCACAGUGCAGCAUGAUAACUGAGUCCAGUAUUUUCAGAGGGGAUGAGGUAGCAUGCAUGUAAAGCCUAUCGUCAUAGUCAAUUACUGAAAAAAAGGUUGCCUGGACAGGUUAAGGAAUAAAAAACAGCAUCUAUUUGAAGUUUAUAUGUUAGAUUCACGACAUAUAAGUCAGGACAGAUACAAUCACCCUCUGUUUUUAUUAUUAUAAUCUGACAUUCAUCUUUUACUGUCCUCUUUGACCUUGAGAAGUGCAUCAUUUCAGCCUAAUAGACAUUUAAAACCUGCAUUAAUUGACAAAGAUUAAAAAGCAGCGGAUGACCACAAGGUGGAUAGAAUCAAAUCGUCUGCAUAAAAAUGAACCUUUUCCAUGCGUAGGUUUAUAACAUAAUUAAACACUAUAAAUAAAAUGGGACCCAAAGUUGACCCUUGUGGGACACCAAGCUACAAACUCUCCAUCGACUUCAUAACAGCCAACUUGUUAAACGAUGUCUACGCUGCCAAAAAACUCAGUCAGUGCUCAGUAUGUUUCAUAUCAAACAGCGUUACUUGAACUUGAGUAGAUUUUCAUGCUGGUAGUUUUUGCUUGAGUGGAGUAUUGUAGUACUCCUGGAAGAUAUAGGGUUCAUGUUUAAAAAAAUCUGGGAAUUUCCCACAAAGUCACUUUCAAAUUGAAGUUAUGGCUUCCAUUAUCAACCUUAUUGUUUCUAGCUUUUAUACUAAACGCUUUUCCUCUGAUGGAUUUACUGUCUUGAGCUGGUUCCAUGCAGUUUUGUAAUACAGUGUAAUACUGACAGUUCAAUAACAACAUGAUAAAUCAAAUUGCAAAAUCUAGAGGAUGAACUGAAGAUAUGUCUGGUCGUGAUUGAGCUCAAAGGGUUAAUCCUCAUUUAUAACCUCUUCUCCGUACAUCAAUAUCGCCAUCUCAUUCUGUGUUCAUAAAAGGAGGUGAGAACAGCAUGGACAAGGCGGACAAGGCUUUGGCCAACAACGAGAUGGUGUCAGCUGCCAGGCGCAUCACGACUCUGGAGAUGAAGGAGCUGAACGAGAGGCAGAGAGCCGAGCACGCUCACAGAAUGUAUGAACAAAUGAAGAACUCCCUCAGGCAGGUGGAGGAUCGCAACGCAGAACUGGAGUCCAAGUUUGCAGAGGUAGGAAGCCAAGGAAAGCAGUGGGUGAGGUUUUUCUUCGAUGCCGCAGACGUUUGCCAUCGCUCGUGGCACUCAUGGUGGUUGUUUGUUUUUAGUGGUGUCCCAGUUGUAAAGCUUAAUCACUCACCAGCCAGGGAAACAGUAAGACCUUUUUUAUACAGUAUUUGACGGCCACAUGAUAGGAAUGUAACUAUUUCCUUUAACAUACGAUAUGAAUGUAAAUUUAUUGCAGCUGCCACAUUAUCAGAUUUUCGCCUCACAUAAUAAUCCAUGAUGCUACUGUUGCAAUAUUAUGUCAAAAUCAGUGCUUUCAGUCAGUGUGAGGAAAGGCAACACUUUACUUCAUAAACUUUACUAAUGAACACAACCGACAUUCUUAUGUCUUUUUCAAAUCCCAAUCCCGGGAAUUUAAAGGAAUAUUCUGAUGUAGAAUUAAGUUAGGGUCAAACACACUUGAACACCUAGUUAGACAGCCACUCCAUAGUCACAAAUAAUGUUCAGAACAGCACCUAACUUCAUCAACAGACUAUGGGUCCCAGCCACAUUACGAGCCACCAAACAUCUUGAGGUUGGGUUGAGGUUGUAUUGCUAUCGUACGGUCGUUACUAAGGUUGGUAUAGCUAGAGAAGCAAGAGAUAGGCAACAUUCAUCUCUCGGGGGAGUGUCUAACUCUGUGUUAUGGUGUGUUUGACCCUAACUUAAUUUUUCGCCGGAAUAUCCCUUUAAGAAUGGCUGCAGAAGGAGAGACCAUAAUCGACUUAAAUUUAGGGUGGCUACAGCGAACACACAGCCCCUUUGGCAUCAUCUGAGAAACAGCCAGUCACAGCUGAUCAGAUGAUCUGAGAGCUCUGGGAAGAGGAUGGAGAAGUUCAGAGAUAAAGUGUGGGGAGAGGCCAUGUAAAGCUUACAAAACAAACAAAAGGACCCUCUGUUUUACUGUCUUUGAGCUGAAGUGAGUUAUACACCAUCCACUGUUUGACAUCGAGGAGGCAACUGAGGAAGAAUUAAUUGGGUAUCAUCAAAUACUGUGAUUUUGACAACCAUGGAGGGAGCAUGUACAGGGCCUAAAACGGGGCCUUAAGGCACACCACAUGUAAUGGAGGCAGACACAAAAGCCUCUGUCUGUUUAGUACGACGUAAGAGCAACAUGAUGUUUGCGAUAGUUUAAGAGAAUUAAACUAUCAAGAUUAAUAAUAACCAGGGUCGAGGAAUAACGGGAGGUCAUUGAAGCAUUCAAGCAGAGCUGAAUCUGUGCUGUGACGUGCCCUGAAACCAGACUGAAAAUUGUCCAUGACAGUAUAGUCUUCAAGGAAUGACAGUCACUGAUAAAAGACUGAUUUUCAUCAGCGGCAAUAUCAAAAUGGGUCAGUAAUUAUUCAGAACCAUGGAUCAAGGGUCGGCUUCUUUUGCUGAUUCUCACUGUUUCUCUAGAGGACUUGUAUCCAAAGAAUCCAUUUAAGUGGUUAAACCUGUGUUUUCCUUCAGCUCACCAAAAUGAAUGUGGAGGCCCAGAAGAUGGAGAGGGAGCUGAGAGACGAGUUGGCAGAUAGCGUCAGUAAAGCUGUGAGUGAUGCUGACAGAGCCAGGAUCAGAGAGCUGGAGAGAGCCGAGGCUGAGCUCCGCUUUGAGGUUUCCAGGUAUGUGUGUAUAUGUACGCAUACUUUUUAUUAGCCUUAGAUAAAAGUAUCCAAGUCUUGAUGAAACUCAAAUUAUAAUCCUGGAGUGAAAAUCCGUCUCUGUUAUGCACAAGAUUCUGCUUUGAUUUUCUCUGCUGCUUGUGAGCGGUGAAACACACUGAUGCAUUGAUGCUUAUUAUUUUCUUAUAGAAGCAUAAAAGUCCAUUUUACUCUUAAAAUGUGAUUUCAGAGAUUAGUAGAUGUAUUUUUUACAUUUGCUUAUACACUUCUGUGUUUGUGCUCAGGCUUCAAGAGGUCUCCGAUGUGGCCAUUAUGCAGGUGACGGCUCUGCAGGCUAGACAACAGUCUAAAGAGAAGGAGUUUGAGGCUUUGAGGAGACAACUAAUGGACUUUCAGGUAAUAAGGUUUUUAAUAGUACUGAUACAUAAUUAGGGGUUAACUGUUUCCCUUUUCUCUGAACUCUAAAUUUACGAACGACAUUCAUGCUCUCAUCUCCACUUUCAAUUCCAAGAUCUUCUGUAUUACUUCACAGUGUCAUCGUACUCAGACCCAUGUUUUGUCAGUUUGAGCCAUUAUUAGAAUGAGAGGUGUGUUCACUAACAGUAACAGAGCAUUGGCGCAGUGGAGAUGGUCGACUCCUACAAGUACUUGAGGUCAGUGAUUGAUAAAAACCUGACUCAUGACCUCAACAACCUGCUAGAGGGGCCUGCAAAGACGGACUAAAAUCUCUCAGUGUUGAUAAGACCUUAAUGUUUUUAUUCCAAAGAUCUUUUAUUGAGUCAGUUUUAACCUUUUGCUUAAUUGUAUAUUACGGAAACUUGUCUGUCGAAAACAAGACUUAUCUGUCCUAAAGGAUAAUCAGCAUGCGCAGCUCUCUCUCUCAGACGUCUUUGACAGAAGAGAAGACACGGUCAAUUCUGUCCAGCUCCGAUCACCCUCUGUGAGAGGGAUUUAUUCCUCACUCAUUUAUCUCUUAUACCCCGUGUGCAAUCAAUGCAAUCAAUUUGCAACUUUCGUAACCGCCCUGCUCUGGUGGUACAUUAUAAGUUAAUGACAGUUCUUACUCUCCUUCACUUCCAUUCCUAUACUCGAUAUUUUUCUCAAUUCUUUCACUCUCUUGUCUCCAUUUUUAUUUGGUCUGGGGUUGUCCCUGUCAAGUUGGUUUGUCUUGUUCACUGCAAUGUUGUUCUGUGCCUACAUUUAUUUAUUGUUGCUGUCAUGUUAAUUCUACUGCCACUACAAAUCAAACCUCCCCUGAAGGGACGAUAAAAGCCCCAAACUGAACUGAACUGAACUUGAAAUACUGUGAUUUUGAGGAAAACAACCUCUAUUUAAAUACUGAUAAAAAAUGAAUGGAACAAGUUAGAAUAAAAUGAGUUCCUUCUUAUGAAAACUGAAGCCUUUUACUUUUCUUUGAAACCUUUAUUGAGAACAUUUACAUUAGCCAAAAUUUUUUGAGGGCUUGAAAAUUCCCUAGAUGAGGUCAAAAAGUGGCAAAUUUUUUACUCAACGCUGGCGGGGAAAGAGUUAAAAGUUUGGGUCUUUGUUGUUUUCUUCCAUCUUCUUGUGGUCUGUCUCCUUUCAUACACACUUCUCCUCUCUGCCUCCCAGAUUAUCUCUAUCAGUCAACUUUAGGCUUACCCGUGCACUCUGAACUGGAUUACUGUAGUUUAAUUACAUCACAAGCAUGAAGUAUUUUCAUUUUUGAGUCGGAGUGCGUAAACUGGUACCUGUGCUGCAAUCGUGUUUCACUUCUGUUACGCAUUACAAGUCAAUCACGGGGCAAAAUCUGUUUAAAAUAAGUUUUUACAAGUGAGUAUGUGUUCAGAGAUUAACUGGAUUGAGUAACACAAGUUAAUCUGUAACAUUCGAGCGGCAUGAGGUAUAGUAAUGCUGAAUAAACUCAGAGGAAUCCAAACUCCGGAAGAGAAAGAAAUGAACUGAUGUCAAGAUUCAAAUUCAGGAGACUCAGAUAAAGAGUUUCAAAAUUAUUGUAUUAGAAAAUUAAAACACACAAAUUAAAUAAUCACAACAACCAAAUAUGACAAGGAGUGCUUUUGUUCUCAAAAGAAAGUCAACGAGGGGCGCGCAGAUGGCCGAGCGGGUUUGCGCGCCCCAUGUAUGGGGACCAUGGACCACACAGCGUUCACGGGUUUGAGUCCAGCCCCAACCAUGUGCUGCAUGUCCACCCCCUUCUCUCUGUCUCCUCACAUUUCACCCUAUCCUAUCAAUAAAAUGCAAAAAUUGCCCUGAAACAAAAUACUUGGAAAAAAUAUUAAUCUGUUCAUUUUGUGACCUGGGUUACAUUUGUAAACAGUAUUUUCCUCACACUCUCAUUUCUUUCCUUUAGUCUCAGUCCGAGGAGAAGGCCCUCAUUGCAAAGCUCCACCAGCACAUCGUGGCUCUGCAGAUCAGCGAGGCCACCGCCUUAUCCAAACUGGAGAACGCCACCUCUCGCAUUCACCAGCUGGAUGCUUACAAGCUUCGCGCUGAGCAGCGGCUGGAUGCCAGCGAGUCCGCCCUGUUCCUCACUCGCCAGGAGGGCAGGAACCGCUCUAAGCACCUACGGCAGACAAUCCAGUCUCUACGCAGGCAGUUUGCAGGAGCGCUGCCUCUUCCCCAGCAGGAAAAGUUCUCUGUGACUAUGAUGAGUCUCCUGGAGGACAAGGCAAAAGCUCAGGAGGAGAAGAAGAAGGCAGUGGAGGAGAGGAGGACGGCAGAGGGCAAGGCGGAAGAACUGGAACUGAGACUUCGAGGGCUGGAGGAGCUCAUAUCAACACUGAAAGAUGCAAAAGGGGCUCAGAAGGUUGUUCCUGUUUACUCAAAAACAUUUAAAGAAGUAGAAUGACUCAUCUUCAUUAGAAAAAAUGUAUCAUCAUUCAUGAACUGCAAAGUUUUACUUCUUCAAACAGGUCACCGAGUGGCACAAGAGGAUGGAGGAGGCACGUCUGCAGGAGCUGAGGAAAGGCAGGGAGCUGAAUGUCCAGAAAGAGGAGAUCAGGUACCUCAAGAACUUAGUGGAGGAGCAGGAGAGAGCCAUCCGCUUUCUGGAGGAGGAGAGUGUGCAGCAAAACACGGUACGGGAAAAUUCUUGGAAACACAAAUGAACAAUUUCUGUUUCUUUGGUUUCAAAUGAAUAAACAAAAACUUGAUGCAAAAGAGCAAACCCUAAUUUUGACAAGGGUACAUCCUUUGAGGUGACGGCUAUGGUAUUGUCUCUCUUUUUCUCCACAAGCUUCAAGACGAACGCCAGCUGGCGUGGGAUCAACGAGAGGUGGAACUGGAGCGCCAACUGGAUCAGUACGAGAAGCACCAGAACGAGAUUCUGAGCAGUGCUGAGAAGGUGAAAGUCUCUGAAACCAUUAAGGAUGAAACUGUAUACAUAAUAGACAGUAACCCCAGUUUAAACAUCUGUUUUUUAACUCUAAAAAAAAUGCUUGACUUACAAACUACCAUCUGAUUUUCAGUUUGAUGAUGGUACCGGGUCUCUACCAGACCCGAGUCUUCCUGUUGCUCAUCAGUUAGAGUUUGCUCUGGGUAAAAUCAAACAGCAUGUCCGAACCAUCUUGAACAUACAGGCUACCAGCAAACACUUGGACGAGGUAUAAUGUUCAGUUCAAACAUUCAUUUCUCAUCAAACAAAUGCAAAGCAUAUUGAUUUAAAUCUCUUCAUAUGCAGAAGUUGAAAGAGAAAGAAGAAGCUCUGUGGAAGGCAGAACAGAACAUCCUGUCCAGAGACAAGGUGAUCAAUGAGCUGCGUCUCCGGCUCCCAGCGGCUGCCAGCAGAGAACGCCUGCUAGCUGUCGUUUCCAAAGACGAUGAGGCGUACUCGGACAUCAAGCCGGCCCUGAAGCUGGCUCAUCAGACCAUCAAAGAUCUCCAGUGUCGGCUCGACAGAAAAGAAGAGAUGGUGAAGAAAUACCAGAAUCAGUUGUCUCAGGCCAGACAGGUACAGUGAUACACGGAAAAAUACUCUGUUUGACUCUCAGGGAAGUGCUGUUACUCCACUUUGACUGGAAUGCAAAUCAUUAAGUGCAAAGCCAACAUGUCAAAGUGGAAGUUUAAAAUGUUUCUGUUUUAUGAAAAUUUUACGUCUCUUUGAAAUUUGAUGCAAUUGAUGAAAUUGAAAAACACUUGGAGGAACAUCUAUCAACGAAUGCCAUAAAUCUGUGAGCCUGAGUGAGCAAAAAGUUUAGAAUAAUGUUUGUCAAUGUCACAGAUUUCAUCAUCUACAGCACAUCAAAUCCAGAGAAAUCUCUGCACAGCAAGGCCGAGCAGCUAACGGAUACCAAGUGGCUCUAAUGUUCAAGCUCCCCGGGGGAACUGUAUUAAAACAGUUAUGACUUUGUAGUGGUAAUCACUACAUGGACUCAAAAUCACAUUCAAAACCCAUUGUCUGUGACCACAUUUCAUCGCUGCAUCUGCAAAUGUACAAUACAAACUUUGAAUUAUGCACAGUUAAAAACUGUCCUUUUGGAUCCUUUAUUCAAAGUGCAGGGUCGCUCAGCUUUCAAAGGUAUCCCUGAUUGUAUUAGGAUACAUCACAUACCCAUGGCAUAUGUAGCUUGCACAUUUAAUGUCUGACAACAUAUUUACUUACGAACUGACUGAGCACUGAUUGGUGGUACACAUACGUAUCAUCAAGCAUAUGCACAGAAAAAACAGAUCAAUAAAAAUAUACAUACAACCAAAUCACAAGCCGAGACCAAACAACAUGGACGACAUGACUUAACUGAGACCCAUUAUAACAGUACAGAUGGUGGCUGUGCAGGUAUGUUCAAGACAAACUGGUGCAAAAGGAGGUAAUAAUAAAAGUGUGUCAAAGUGCUGAUGUAUUGCACAUGAUGGAAAAAGUGCAAUGUGGACUGCACAUUUGCCCCAGGCCUUCUAAUGUAACAUGCUAAUGUAAUAUAAUAAUAAUAAUACUUUUAUUUAUAUAUUAUGUGAUUGCACUAUAGCCUUACUGCACAAAAUUAGCACCAACAGACUUAUUAUUGCUUGUACCACUGGACAAGGGUAGCAUACAAAGAUGUGUUUACAUACAGUAUUCAAUAUUGCCCUACAUUUGCAAACAUAGAUAGUAGAUCCGUGUGUUUGCACAUGACUGAAGUGAAUGUUUUAACUUUUAAACAGGCGCCUGUUUUGAAACAACUGUCUGCCUUCAAAUUUAGAUUCAGUCCAUAUCGUUAAUAAAACUGUCCAAAUUCUGUUUCUACAUUUAAUACGUUGUCUUUGCAUCGUAUUCAGUCAAAUAUGAUUUUUUAAACCAUCAAAUCCUGUUCAACUGAAUAUUUUACAAGGUGUUGCAACUCUGUUUGAACUAGACUUGUAUUUAAAAAACAGGCGAGGACAUGAAAAUAAAUGACAAAGCUUGAAAGGGGAUUUUAGACUUGCCACUGACAGCUCGGGCCAGAGGUCAUUUUUCUGUCUUUCUCAAGAAUGCCUGGAAAGUAUCAAGCCCGAGGAUUUGGGUGUAUCUCUCGAAAGGGAAGGAUAGUCAUAAUCCCUCAGUCAUUUUUGGCUCCUAAGAUUGGAUGGGAUAAUAUUUGUUUCCCAAAGUCAUAGGUCAUGGAACAUAACGUCCUGGAAAACAACGUGGGUGGAGUGGUAGUAUAAUGUAAGCAUUUAUGGUGAUAUUGUACGUGCUUCAACCUGAGCUGGUGUAUAAUGAAUAUCUAAAUGAGAAAAUUGUUUUUGAAAUGACAAAAAAUUCAUUCCAACAACUUAUCCACUAAACAUGUAGAGGGAGCAUCUUAAGCCAUUUGGACUUUUUGUUUGAUGGGGUUUGUGGAUUUCAAUCAAUCAAAAGUUCAGUAUCCUUUUUCGUUCUUCCUUAAGAACCUGUUUUCUCACUUGCUCUGCCAAGAAAUGCAGAGAAAAGAGAGAAUACUUAAAUAUCAGCGUCAUCCUCCUGAUUAAUGCUAAUAUGACCUCUGUUUUUCCAUGUUAGUUGCACAGUUGGAUAAAAUCAAUGACUUGACUGGAUAUUUGAGACAUACAACAUUGAUGUUUCUUUUUUUUUUUGUUUAAAUUCGUGUUUUUUUUGUUCUGAAGGAGCAAGAGGGGAUGAUAAAGAGACACCAGGAAGAGAUGAAAACGCUGCACCAGAAGUUGGACUUGUACACGGACAAAUCUUUGAACACAUUCAGAGAGACAGCAAAGGUAUGCAUGCAUGGAUGUCUGUCUCUGUGAACAGAUUUUUGUCUGUUCUUUGAAUUUUGGUCAUGAAAUCAUUUUUAUGUUUUGAAUGUUUCAUAGGCUGUUUGUGAAAGUACAUAUCACAUAUUAUAUGACAAAAAAAAAGCCAUUUCCAACACGUUUUUUUGAUGCCUGCUCCUUUUCUUUGAUCCAGAGUUUGCUGCAGAAGCCCACCCUCCAGAUACCGACCUCCAAGCACCUGGAGCGUGUGGCGGAGCUGGAGCAGGCGGUGGCCGAUCAGGACGUCUCGCUCUCCUCCGUCACAGAGAAGCUGCGUCGGGCCACCUCGGAGCUGGAGCGACAGAUGAUCGCCAUGGAAACACAGGCUAAGAGAUACACUGAGGAGAUUUCAAAGUGAUUAAACCUUUAUUAGACCAGAUUCCCCAUUGUUUGUUUUUCUGAGUUUGACCCUGCAGUCCCCUUUAAAGAGAAGAUAAGAGGAUAAUAAGAGGAGCUAAUCCUUUUAUGUCCCUUUAUUGACUUGUUAAAGUAACUCAUCAGCAGGGCUGCACGAUUAUGGCCGUUUUUUUUCUCUGACGACUAAAUUUUCAAUUUCAGUUCAAUUUCACCAGACUUCACUUUAAUAACUUUUUAUAUGAUCUCCAAAAACAAAACCUCUGAAAACAAUAUAGUGCAUACGCCAAACCAGUAAGUGGCACUGUAACGCUGCCGAGGAAAUGCACGAAAGACAGAAGACAAAGAGUACAGAGCACAGAGAUGAAAUGGUCGUUGUUUAUGGAUUUAUGCACUACAGUCACCCGUAACACCAUUUCCAUGUAGAUGAAACGCCGAUACGACAAAAACUUUUGUGUUCCCUCCUGAAUUCGAUUCCAUGUUGACGGGUUGAUACGGCCUUCAGACAUACUUUGCAGUGGGUAGCGGUUUGCUCUUCACCCGAAACUGCUGUUUCCACAUGACUGACUUGCUCUUGCCCUAUUUAGCCACGCAAUUAUCACCUUUUUUUUGCAAACACCAUGUUUGUUUACACUGGUGUGUGUGGGAACUGGGGGGCGUUCCCACAGGAAGGAAGAGCCUAAUGUGGCCUGGAGGCGUGAGACAUGAUAGAGAGGAAAAUCGAUUUGAUGAUUUUAGUCGUCAUAAUUAAAUAAUCAGAUUAUGAUUUAAAAUCGAUUAAUCGCUCAGCCCUACUCAUCAGUAUAAAGAUAAUGCAAAUAUUACAAUUGACAACUUUUUUUGUCAGUGUAUUUCAGUGCAACCCUAAAUCCUAACAGCUUGAAUUUAUUUUUUCCCCCUUGACUUCCAGGUGAGACCAGCUGAGAGCUGACUUGAUUCUAUUAUAGAUCAGCUGUAAUUAGGAUUAAUGUGAUUUUAUGCAUCUAGCAUCUCCAAAAAGGAGAGCAUAGACUGACUUGCAAACCCCACAAAAAAUGGUCCAAACAGCACAGUCUGGUGUGAAAUCAAAGGUAAAAAAGUCAGGAUGUGGCAAAAAAACAAAACAAGAAAAAAAACACAGGACAAAAAAAAAAGCUAAAGGAGAUAAAAACCAAUCGGAAAAAAAUUUGAUAAAGUUGAAGCAAUAAAAAGGCGAUAAAGGAAACAUAUCGCAAAGAACACUACGGACCCACUUUGUAUGAAAUAAAUCAAAACAUAAAAGAUGGUAAAAUGAUAGCCGGAUAUAGCAAUAAAAGGCAGGACAGAUCCGGAUCACACCACAUAAAAACAAGUCGAUAAAAAUGAAAUUUUAGGGGUAAUUAGAAAGCGUUUACUGAUUCUGUGAGCUGUUUCUCCUCGUGUGUUUUUCAUGCUUUUUCAGAUUUGAAGGCUUGAUCAAACUGACGACUUUGGUAGACUUUCUCUAUGUUCCUCAAGGAUGUGAUAGGAAAGACUCCCUUUAGGCUUUUACAGGCCUGUUAAUAAGCCAGUCUAACCAUUUCAUCCAAAAAGAAGCAAACACUGAACAAAGUGAUCCCAAAACUCCAGCAGCAACAACUUCAGCAGUCUCAGGUUCUGGUCUUCUUAGUUCUCAGCACUGAGGAUGCUAAUACUACCCCCCUUUUUCACCCCUAAUGGCCCCAUAAACGAGGUGAGAGAUGAGCCACCCCAUCACAAGGGUUAUCAAGUGAGCACCUCCCUUCACCUGUGUUUUGUCAGCCUGGGCCCAUUUCAUCCUGAGGAGGCUUGACAGUUGGCUCUGGCAUCACAGAGCCACCCUCCUCCAGGCUCAUUUUCACAGUCCACAUGCAGAACCUAUUUCAAUGAUUGCAACUUUGCAGAUCAUAUAUCCACCGUAAAAGAAAAUACUCUGACCUUCUCUUUGGCCUCAACUAGGCUCAUUUCUCUUCAUCACUUUGUUUUUUAACUGCUACUUCUAACAUCCCACCUUUUACAAAUAGUCCCAGUUUGAGCCCAACUUCUUCGCCAAUUGCUGUUCAGCUUCUCCUGACAAAUACGUACAAACUGUCCUCCCAGAUCUACCCACAUUAACUCUCUAUAGGUGGCCGAUCUGGAGACUUGUGAAACUGCGCUCUCCUGUGGAUUCACGCUGCCACACCAGCUGAUCAGAGCACGUUCAUGUACAUAGGUGUCUCUAACUGACCCACCCCAGCUGUAAUCCCAAGAUAAAUGCGGGGUGUUAAAUGUACAGACCUAAUGCAACUGUGGAGCAGUUGGUUAAUGGGGAUCUCAGCCAGGAUUACACCUUAUGUGUGAAAAGCCCUAUACAAUGUCCAGGUCAGAGAGCUCAGGUCAAUGUCAUUGUCAGGUUAGACUUGGGCUGCAGGUGCAAAGCCUGGGCAAGUUCCUGAUUUGAAAUUCACAAAACAAAAACAUGCAACAUUCAUGCAGUUUUCUAAGGGAUUUUGUGGAUUGGGAUCUGAUCAUUUCUGUACUUUUGCAUGACUAUAAAAUGAGCUGGGUUGAUACCAUCUGACAGAGUGGAAUAAGUUGGUUUCAACAUCCUUAAAGCCACUUAGGGGGUAAUUAAAGGAAACUGGAUGUAAUGGGUUUAAAAGUUUAAUAAAAAAGAAGCUCCAGCAAAGCAGAUUGUACAGGGCUUCGAAGAGUUCAAUAGUUCACUGGGACAUGGUGACAAACCCAGUGACCGGGAUGACUGGGAUGUUCGAAAACACUUGGGGGAAAAAACAAAGCAAUUUCUCAAUCAAUUCAGUUUCACAGUUUAAAAAGGUUAAAGCUGACGACUUCACCAAAACCUCCCAGAUAUAGAGCAUUAAAGUGAUGAUUAAAGCAUAGAUCUGCUGUGCAAUAAUGUAAGUGUAUAAAUUUCAUUGCAUUUACUCAAAAGUAAAAAUAGUAAAAGUGCAAUAUUCCCCUGACAAAUCUUUAGGUAUUUUAAACGUUUUCAGCAUCUUUUGUGUUGCUGCUCUGUAUUUUAUAAAGCUGACUUUAGUGGACAUGCACACCGAUGCUGGUGGACCUUCACUGUCCUGUACCUGUGCAAAAUAAACAUCUAUACUUUUCUACUCCACUCUAUAUCUUUCUAUUCUUUUUGAUUCUGUUCAAUUUCAUUCUGCUCUUUUCUUAUCUAUAUUCUAUUUUCUAUUCUAUCCAGUUCUAUAUCGUUCUAUUCUUAGAUUCCCUUCUUUUCUCUAUUUUAUUCUAUUCUUUUUUCUUUUCUGAUCUUUUCUGUUCUAUUCUCAGACAGCUGCUUUAUUCAGGUUUUAGUCUGUUUUUUUUUCUUCUAUUUAACUGGAGGAAAUUUUAUAUUUUUUAUUCUAUUCGAACUAUUCAACUUUUGUUUCUGUUUUAUUUCACUUCAUUCUGAUCAGGUCAGUUCUAUCUGCUUUCACUAGUUCAUUUUCUCCCUCACUCUGUCCCAUUUCGCUAUUUUCCGUUCUGUUUCACAUCAGUCAGUCAGUUCAGUUUGAUUUAAUUUGAUCCCCACUUCUUUGUCUGUUCAUUUUUGUUUGUCUCCUUUUUCUGUUUUAUUUUCUUAUAUCCUUGUUUGUUUAGUGUGAUCUGAACACGUGUUCUUGGUGUAUUUUUAAUCAAAUGUUCUUUUUCAGUUGGUUUAAUACUACUCUCUCUAUUCUUCUUUUCUUUUCUAUUUGAUUUUAUUCUAAUCUGUUCUAUUCUGUUACAUUGCUUUUAAUUCUUUCUAUUGUUUUUUAUUAUAUUCUUCUCUAUUUUGUUCUGAUCUAUUCUUUCCUUUUCUAUUCUGUUCUAUUUUGUUGUGUUCUAGUCUUUUCUAUUCUAUUAUGCUCUAUUCUCCCAGACUCCAUUCUGUGUUAUUCGACUUUAUUCUACUCUGUUCCCAUUUUCUCUGUUUUAUUUCAACCUUUUCUAUUCUUUUCUUUUCUACUCUUUUCUUUUUUUAACUUGCUGUUCUUUUCCUUUCUAUUCUAUUCUAUUCUAUUCUAUUCUAUUCUAUUGUUUUCUGUUUUAUUAGUUUUUAUCUAUUUUCUUCAUUUCUUUUCUAUUCUGUUUUAUUCCAUUAUAUUCUUUUCUGUUUUCUUAAUUUUAUCUAGUUUCUUCUUUUCUAUUUGAUUCUAUUCUAUUCUCUCAGACUCCAAUCCGUGGUAUUUGACUCUGUUCCCCUUUUCUCUGUUUUAUUUGAUCCUUUUCUGUCCUCUUCUUUUCUUUUCUUUUCACUGUGUCAUAUUUUAUAAGCAGCACUGACCAUCAGAGGGUUUUCGUUUCAGGUUGGAGGGGCAUCACGCUGCUCAGGUGAAAGCUCUGAAUGGAGAAAACGAAGACCAGCGGAGUCAGAUUGCCCAAAUGGAGAAAGAGAUGAGCUACCUUCAGACUGAGCUGGCAGCCCAGAAGGAGGCCAAUGUUCGCUCCCCCAGCCAGACCAUGAAGAACCUGGUGGAGCGACUAAAAGCUCAGCUGGCACAGAAAGAGAAGCAGCUUAAAGUAAGACAAGAUAAGACAAACUGUAUUUCAAACUUUAAUUCAAUAUGUGUAUGAUAUGUGUUUAAGAACUGAUGUGCAUGUAUCUCACUGUUACAUAAACUGUAUUUAUGGGUAAAAAAAACUACUUAACCUUCCCAUCAUGCAGAUAAUAUAGUAGUUGUUAAUAGCCAAAGUUAUGCCAUGGGAAAUCAAAGGUCAGAAGAAGCAGGAGUAACUGAUGGUGCUGAUUGGACUGAGCACUGCGCUUCAGACACAGCGCUCACCUAAUCUUUCAUAACCCAAAUAUCUGCUCUCUCUCUCUCUCUCUCCAUGUUCUUAGGCUCUCAGCAAGGCUCUGCUGGAGCUGCGGGCAGAGAUGACAUCAGCCGCAGAGCAGCAAGUCAUCGCCAGCGCCGCGCAGAGAGAGGAGAGUCUCAAUGUGCAGACGCUGGUGGAUAAACACACCAAGGAUUUGAAGGUAUUUCCCUUUAUCAUGAGGGCAAAUGAACUGCAACAGAGAAGGUUUUUGGCAGGUAUCGAUAUUUGAAAUAACAGGCCGUUACAAUAUCAAAGUAUUUAUUAUAAAUUGGUGAAUAGAAUUAUUAUGUUUGUCAAUAAAUCCCAUGUCUUAUUUGAAGGCAAAGAAAUUGACAGUUAUACGGUGGCUAUAAAAAAAUUCAGGAAUUGCAGUUUUGCUUUGCUCUUACAUGAGUGGAUGGUUUGUGCACUGUCGUGGGACCCUUUUUUAGCUGCAGACUGUUACUCAUCUGGUGCACAGGUGAAUAAUUAAGGUCGAGAGAAACCAGAGUAACUCCAUCAGACAUCUCUUUUUACUUCAUCCUCUCUAAAGGUGCGAGUCCAAGAGCUCAACGAAGAACUCCAAGCUGCGAAGGAGUCCGUCAAAGCAGCCAGGGGCCGAGAGAGCACCCUGAAAGAAGAAGUGGACAGUCUGAACCACGACCUCCAGAGGACUCAGAAAACCCUGAGACGUCUGCAGGCUGAAAAAGACGAGAACGAGCAUGAAAUCCAGGAGCUCAGACAGCAAAUUAAGAGACUCAGCAACGCCCUGCAGGUGAGGCUCUCCAGGGAUGUGAAAUACGUCACUACCUUCUUUGAAACGGUUUGACUAGCACAAAGGUAGCAUAUCAUAUGUAUAUAUUUUAUAUUUACAAUAUAUGUACAGUAUAUAUGAAGCCUUUUCAUCAGUUUUGUAUGAUUUGUAGCUCCCAAAACUCCUCAUUUAGCUCAGACUGGAGAUACUGUCCCUGUAAGUUUGUGGAUCUGAGUCGUCACAGAGGUCUUAUGCAUCGAUGCCAUCUUUGUUUUCUAAAAGCCUCACUUUGGACCAGUGCAGGCUGUGUACAGUUUCUAUGCCUCUGACAUAAUGAAGAGGAGGAGAUUUGCUGCCUUAGUUUUGGCCCCAUUUCCUCUGAGAUCAGUUCAUCCAUAUGUUAACAGAGUUUACUGAGUUAUCUAGUGCAGUACUUGUGUUGAUUUGCUUGCACAUCUGUAAUGUAUCGCAGGGUGACUCUUGACUGUGUUAGCAGCAGCUGCCCCCUACUAUGCGAAUUAAUUGGGUGCACAUGGAUUGUAAAGACAUUUAUUACAUCACUGCAGUAAAUCAAAUGUAUUGUAUUAGUUAAAGCUCCUACCUCUGAGUUAUAGAUAAAAAUACAAUCAACAUGUGGACAUGAUUUUACGAUCUGCCAAGAACCUCUGCUGUCGCUAUCAAACCAGCAAACACCACAUUCAGCUUCAGGAGAACACACACACACACACACACACACACAAGAGGAGCUGACAUGGAAGUGUGUAUAAAAGCAGCACAAAAGUAGCUGAUUCAUCAUGAAGUAUGAAGUUUGUUUUUCCCCAAAAUUUUACAUCAGCAUUCGGGUGAUAAACUCAAAGAUAGCCUCAUGACAACACUAAUAGCAGAGCGCCAUGUGGUCAAACAACUGGCACCCCCUGACUCCAAAAAGACCCUAACGUGUAUUCAGGAUCAAACCCUGCCAGGUCCGGCCCCUCCGCAAAAGAUUGAGGAAUGCAGCAAAAAAUAAAAAAUAAAAAUCCACAUUUUUCUCUGACUGGUUCCUCAGAGUUGUUUUAAUUCAGGUUUUUUAUGGACUAGUUAAAAGAGCAUGGACAUUUCAUGAUAUUUAUCUCCAUCUUUAUCCCAGGAUUCAAACCUAAUCUUUGAGAUUAGAUUAGGAGGACUUUAUUGGUCCUCUUGGGGAGGGUCUCUCAAGCAAAUUAAAAUUCCAGCAACAUCAGUAUGUGCAGAGAAAAAGCAGAAUGGUCAAAUAAGUAAGAAAUGAAAAUGCAAUAAAGAAAUCAUAGACACUUCAGAUGAAUUGAUUAUUUAUUUAUUUACAAAAUUCCGAUUGGUCGACUCGAUUUUAUUUUUGCGUCAAUCUACAGUCUGUGGUUAAUUUAACUUAAGCAAGUGCAUUUGAUGUAGUACCUCAGUACAUGAUAAUUUGUUCAGGGGUGUGCGCGUGUGUGUGUGAGAGAGAGAGAGAGAAAGGCAGACGUGUUUGUGUGUGAUCACCUACCAUUGUGCGAACAACGGUUUUGUUGUUGACACUGUGCAUCUGCAGUUUGUGUACCCACCCAGAUGUGAAAAAAACGUGGGCCAAGAGAGACUUUUCAUUAUGGAAGGAAUUAAGUGUUUAAUGGCUCGUUCCUUUGUUGAGGUACUGCAUCAAAUGCACUCAGUUAAGUGGUGGUAGCAUCUCGAAUUCAUCUUCUGACCAUACAGUGUGUUCAUAUGGAUCGAGUCCAGCAAUGUCCGCAAUUUUGCUUAGGUAACGCUCUCUUUCAUCAUUGUUCAGCGUGUCCCUGUAUAGUUUGUUGAGUCCAAGUUUUGCUCUCUCCAUUCCGUUCACCGUUACUGUGUAGUCAAAUAAUAAAUAGUUGGUUUUUAAAACUGAACGUCAUCCUAAUUUCAUUCAUUCCAAUGCGCUUAGUGUUGUUACGUCUGUCAAAAUGGCCGCGUUGGCAUGUUACGCACCGGUGAGCAGAGGAUGAAUGGUAUAGUCCAUAAUGUCCAGUAGUUUGUCCAUCGCCUUCUUCUCUGCCACCAUCAUCAGAGAGUCCAGCUUCAUGCCAACCUCAGAGCUGUUUUUCCAGCCUGGAUGUGUCCUUCUUGGAUAUCUUUGGUUUGGACCUCCCAAAGUCAAUGACCAUCCCCUUGGUCUUUUAGGUGUUGAGGUGCAGAUGGUUCCUGUGACUCCCUGUACUCCUCCUUUCUGUCAUCCUUAAUAAAUGGCUGUGUCAUUGGCGAACCUCUGGUUGGUGACAGGUCGUUAUGCAUUGUUUAUUUAAGCACCCUGUAUCUUGCAUUGGCCCUGACAGGGAACGAUACUUCUUAAAAUGUUCUCUGUAAUGAGAGCCUUUCUGUCUGUGUUUGCUCAUUAGAACCAACCAGAAGCAGAUGGGAAGGGGCACAGCAUCGAGAAUCUGCAGAAGAAAAUACGCAGGCUGGAGUCUGAACUGGAGAAAAGAGGGGAGAGAAAAAACCUGAAGGAUAAUCAUGGAAAGGUUUGGGUGUACAAAACAGGCAUUUUCCAUAGUCCAUAGUAUCCUUUUUUGCACAUUCCUUUACUGUUUUUUGUUUUUCAAGGAUGACAUAGUGCGCUGGGAGGAGGGUAAGAAGUGGCAGGCCAAGAUGGAGAAGCUGAAGAAUUCACUCAAGGAGAAGGAACGAGAGAGUGAAGCCCUGUCCAAACAGCUCAUCAUGCUCAAAGACCUUUAUGCUCGGUAAACGCUGCCUCACAUAAAAACCAUUUACACAGAUGUCUCUGCUCAUCGUCUACAUGACACAACAACUUUUAAGCAAACUCUAAUGAGCAUUUUGGAAUUUCCUGCUAAUGGCGUGAGUAACAGAAGUUUGCGGUUAAUGUAUCCUACUCAGAUUCUCGUGUGUUUCGAGAUCCGGUGCUGUUUCCUGGGCUGUUUCCAUCCUUUUUAUUUCUGCCUUUAAUCAGCUAUACACCACAAAUCUUAAGUUCUGUGAUCAACAAAUAAGUUGGGAGUAAAUCAAAUGCUGUCUACCACAGGAUGUUAAAGGGAUAUUCCGGCGUAAAACUAAUUUAGGGUCACACACACCGUAACACCGAGUUAGGUGCUGUUCUGAGCAUUAUUAGUGGCUAUAGAGUGGCUUUUUGGUUGAGGUUUGUGUGAAGACGUAGACCACUGUGUAUUGCUAUCGUGCAGUCGUUAUUAAAGCUGGUAUAACUAGAGAAGCAAGCGGUCGACAACAUUCAUCUCUCUCGGGGGCGUCUAACUCGGUGUUAAGGUGUGUUUGACCAUAACUUAAAUUUACGCCGGAAUAUCCCUAUAAAUCAUAUACCUGACCUGUUUACAUAGUUCGGUCUCGUCCAAUGCUAAGAUCGGACCCACUCUCAUCAAGUUACAGAGGAGAGGAUAAAACCUCCUUUAACAGGCAGAAACCUCGAGCAGAACCAGACUCAUGUUAGACAGCAUACUUUAGGUUUAGAGAGAGAUGGACAGAGGUGAGCGUGUUGCCGUGGUGUUUACAGACGAUGCUGUUUCAUGCAGGUCUAGUCAAGGAAACAAAGUCUAAAAAUCUGGUCACAGCCCUUAGUGAGUUUCUGUCAGUUUCGUCUGCAGUUUCAGACGUUAAAAAGAACUCCGUCCGCCUUUAGGCUGUUUGUCUCAGCAUUGUCAACGUGAGUCAGUUUAAUAACCAGUUCAAGCUCUUUACAGGAGCUUAUCUCUCCUGAAAGAGUUCUCAAAAGCUUUAAUCUGUCUCAUAUCUCAUACUUAACAAGGAUGAAAUCUCUCAUUUCAUCAUGGCUGAACGAUGAAUAACAAAGUCCAGCUGUAGUGAUGAUAACUUUAAAUCUUUGGCUUAAAGAUUUAUCAGAGCUAAACUCCCUGGAGGGUAAAAAUGUUAAUAUUAAAUCCCUCAUAAGAGAAACAACCAUGUUAUUGGUCUUAUCUUCAUUUAAAGUCAUUCAUUUUAGCAUAGAUUUAGAUCGACUCUCUGCCAUCUGUGUUCUAUCAACCCUAUUCACCUUUCUUCUUAGUUUCAGUCUGUCGUUUCGAUAAAGUAAGAAGAGAUUUUGGACGCUAAAAGAGAUACCGCAACAAAAAUCAAGGAUGCUCUUAUUUGGACUAGGGUACUUUCUGUACUGUCUGCAGUUCAGGGGUGUAAAUCUGCAUGCGUAUUUUCUGUGUUUCCUUGUUUGCGCAGACUGGAGCAGGAAAAGAGCGCGCUGCAGAAAAAGCUGAAGGCUCGAGGUGUGACUGCCGAUCAGGUGGUGGGGGUGCGGUCGACUGAAAUGGAGAAAGAGGUGGAGGAGCUGCAGAAGAAGAACUCAGAGCUGGAGAAGGAGAUCCUCACCAUCAAGUAACUAAACGUCCUUGAAAAUCGUGUGAAUCUUAGUGUUGAAAAGCAUCUGGACCUUUGGCCUUUUGGAAAAAAUUGACAAGCACAUGAUGAAGGAUCUGAUAGGAUGUGGCGCAUAUGUAAGAGAAAGAUAAAAACCAGGAAGAUUUGACAUUUUUGAUCAAAGGACAUCCAGAGUUUUUGAAGCGGGAGCUUUAGCUUCGACUUAGGAGCAGGAGGUAAUGGCCAUUCAGGUGUUAGAUGGUACUGAUAUCAUAGAACUGCUGCUUUGUGGAAGACUUGUUAAGCCGGUUAAGCGUCUCCUGGCCUUUGAUAUCAAAAAAUUCCCAGAGAAGAGAAAACUCAGUUAAGCCGUAUUUAGCAGAAGCAGAUGUAGAUUUCAGACAGCUCAUAGAGCUAGAGAUGGUUAUCAGUCUAGAAAGAGAUGAUGGUGCUCAGAAACAUGAAAGCACAUCUCUCAGAUAUCUGGAGGUACUUGGGGGGGCCUCUGGAGUCACCCUGCAGAUGUCUUAGCGCUGUGACUGAAGCAGGACGCUCAAAUCCUGCAGUGAGCAGCUUUGAAGUGGGUUUGACUUGUUUACCUGUUUCCCAGUGAACACUGAAAGAAAUAACUCAUAAGAUUGAUUUAAAAAAUGUAUUGUAAGUAUUUGCACGAAAAAUGAUUUGUCAAUUUUAAUGCAGCGAUAUCAAGUGACACUCACUUGCCAGUAUUAAGUAAAUUUUACUUUACAUAAAACAAAACAGUUGUGAAGAUAUUAAGUAACAUUUACUUAAUUACAUUCAAGUUUUAAAGACCCACUCUGAUGAAAAUCAGUUUUUUUUUGUUGUCUACGUGUUCAUAUGGAGUUUUUCUGAUGCUACAGGACAUAUCAUGAGAGAGCUAAGUGCAAAAUUGCAAUUCCGAGUAUUUCUGCAUUCAAAUCUCUGUGAAUCUCUAGCAGACCCAAACGCCAGGCUCAGACACAGUGAGAUUUCCUAUGUCACAAAUCCAAGCUCCGCCCCCUGAGCCCCACUAUGCAGGCCAGACUCAGAGAAGUAGAGAGGACGAUCAUGAAACAAGCGUGUGCGCUAGUGGAUUGCAAUGUUCGUAAGAAAACUAAUUAUGAUAUGAACUUUCAUCAUGUCCCUGAAAACAUUAGUGUCUAAGAGCUGAAUAGCUCCUAUGUUACCUGCUACUUCUACUACACCGGCAAUGUUAGGCAUCAAGCUAGCAUGAAGAGGAGUGUACAGAGCAGCGCUGUCUCUGCCCACGACUUAGAGGUGAAUUACUAAUUGCUAAUGAGCUCUGCAGAAGAAAAGCCCUUGAAAAUAACACAGAUAACGCGAUUUUGGCUAAAAACUUCAUAAUCACAACUUCAUGACCACUGGUGGUAAAAAAAAAGAUCAGAGUGGGACUUCGAACCACUAACCUUCCAGUUAUUGGACAACCGCUCUACCUCCUGAGCUACUGCUGCCCCCCACCUUGCUCUGUGAUCCUGUAACGUCCGGGCUCGGAGCAGAGCCAGUCCUGUCGUAGGCUACAGUGUGCAUUCGUUUCAAAACACUACACUUUCAGAGUGAAGUUUAUGUAGUAUUUGUACAACCAAUAAAGAUUUAAAUAGUAUAAGGAAACCUAAGUAAAACUUACUCUUCUUCUCCAUUAUUCAUGUAUUAUGUUUAAAAAAAUGUUUAAUUUUACUUAAGAAGCUCUCAUUCUUGUAGAAUCUUAAAAAUACAAGGUAGAAAUUAUGACAGUCGCUCUAAUAGAUUUUACUGCACAAAAAAGUCACUUUUUUCAGUGAAGAGUCAGUGUCCCUGUCUUUAUGAAUAUUGAGUUUGUAAGAAACCGUGAUUAAAACGAAAUCCUGAACUUGCAGAGAGCAGCAGGCGUUACCUCGGGAUGACGCCAUGGAGAACCUGACCCUCAGAAACCGCUUCCUGGAGGAAAGGCUGCAGUCGUUGGAGAAUCAGUUAUCCAAGGAGCCCCCUUCAAGACCCUCCGUAAGUGCUCAUCAGCCUGCAGAACACCAUGAGCAUCACAAAUUGGCUGGAUUUUAUUAGGAAUAUCCAAAUAAGCUAGAAGGUUGUACAGAAACAAACCUGGGGGUUUUAGAGGGCUUUUACACAGGCCUCCGUCUACAAAUCUGUCAGCGAGCCCUGCUCCAUGUAGUAUCACAGAGUCCCCUAAAAGCCUGAAGAGGUCAGUCUUUAACUUGGCGGGUGUGUCUUUGAUUCAAGGAUGAGCCGACAAGAUUUUGAUAAUAAAGGAUCUUUCGUGUUUUUUGGCAAAAGUUCAGAGUCGAUAAGAUUAGAUCUUGAAACACGUCUAGUAAAAAAGGAAAAUAUGUUGAAGAGAUUACUUUGGUGUUAAGUCAAGCACACUCUGACCACCUUUAAACCUGAAAAAACAACAAGAUCUCUGUAAUGCCUCGCGCUGUGGUGGUUUUGUGGUUUUAACACCAGCUUCUUCUGUUUGAUUUAAGCUUAUGAAAGAUAAAUUCGAUUACUUUCACUAAAGAAACCGAGAAACCGACUCCUGUGCAGACACAUAAGGAAACUCUUACUUUCUUUGACGUCAGUUUUGCCACCGGCAGGAAUGAUUUUUUUUUUUCACUUUGACUUUUUUUUCUGCAUAUUAACAGCAGAGUUUGGAAAAGAAUCAGGAUUAUGAUGAUAAUGAAAACACACACACACUAAAAAAUAAGCGUGACACAGAGCUGUUUAAAGCUCCUGUGAGGAUUUUUCCGUCACCUGCUGUAGUAGGGCUGGGCGGUACAGCAAAAAUGUACAGAUACUGAAAUGUACGACAAUAAUGGAUGUCAUUUUUCCCAUGUCAAUAUAUGCGGUGUCAAAAAAUAAAUCUCAUCUUCUGAUUGUCGGCAGAUAUUUCAGCCCCGAUAAAGAAUGCUUGUUUUUUAACACCCCUUAUCUUUUAGACCCUAUGACUCGUGUUAUAAUCACUGUUUAUGCCCGGCAGCACGUCUUUCCACAAGUCAUUCAAUUUGUAUGAAAUAAGAUAAUUGCGUGUCUGUCUAAAUAUUCCACUGACAUCCAAGAUGCUUCUUAAAGCGUUGAAAUCAGCAGCAAGUCGAUAUCUCGGAUGGUACAAUUUCUCACAUAGAUAAUGAUAACACAAGCUUGAUUUCCAUAGAAAGUUUUCUUAGAUGCCAGCUGUGUGUUUUCCACGAUUUCAUCGCUCAUCACUUCUCGCGUUUCUUCAGUUCCCUUUGCUGAUUGACCCGUCAAAGUUUGUGUGGAGUUCAACGAGUUUAUCCGAGCUCAUCUCCACACGCACGCUAGCUGCAAAACCAAAUUGAAUUCACUAGGGUAUGAGACUUAAUUCUUGGAAGUCUUAAUUCCUUAUAGGUUUUGUAGGAAAACUCAACAUGUCUGACAUCCAGACAUUUAAAGUAGGGCUGGGCGAUAAACUGAAAAUUUACCGAUACUAAAAUUUACGACAAUAACCGACGUCAUUUUGCCCACUUCAACAUAUUCGGUGUCAAAAAAAUGAAUAAAUAAAAGUUGGUUUUGGAUGUGUGUAGGUAGGCUAUGGUCUCAUGUUCCUUUAAGACGCUGUUCUACGUCAGAGUCGUGACUCCACCCCAUCCAGUCCGUAACAAAGAGGGAAAGACAGGUGAGGAGAUGGAGGACGGUUCAAAAGUUGUAGUGGCUGAAGUAGACGAAGUUAAUGUGGGAGGGGGUGAGCAGCUUGUGGAGUAGUUAAUUUAUCGUUAUCGAGGUGAAUUGCUCGAUAUAUCAUGAUAUUGAUUUGAGGCCAUAUCUCCAGCUCUGUGCUGUAGAGAAACUCGGAACCUACAGUACGUUGGUGCUGAUUUUGUCUUGGCGGUGUUGAUUGACUUUAAAGAAAUUCAUUUAAGGUUUAAACUCGAUUCUGUGCGCCAUAAACAUCGCUGUCAUUCUGAGUUCACUUUGUAAAUCACUGUAUGUACGUGUACGUGUAUGAGGUGUACGUGACGUUUUCACCUCAGCAUAUUCCAUAUGUUUUUGUUUUUCACUCCUCAUUUAUCAUCCUUUACUCUCUUUUUUAUGUGUCCCACCAUCCCUGGCACUGGAUUUUAUCUGAUUUAUUGCCUGUGAAGGAAAAAAGCUCCUCUUCCCAGGGUUUGAGGGGGAUUUGUUCUCUUACUUUUGAUGUUGACGAGGGGUCAGCAGGAGGGAACGCAACACCGAGUCCGGCUGAAUCCUGCCAUCACUCUGUUAGCACCGCAGAUGCUGACCAGAAGGGGGAGCCAGAGCGAAGCCAGGUGGCCGGAGGAGCUCAAACUGGCUUUGUGGGUGCAGAGGAUGUUCUCACUGAACAAGAGGGAUUGAGUCCUCACCUGGCAGAAAACACAACCACGGACAGAUCCGAUGUUAGCGGAGAAGGUGAUAACACAAAUCAUGUGCAAGAUGAAGCGGAGGCAGAAGCAGAUGUUUUAGACGGUGUGCAGAACGUCCAAGGUGAUUAUGAGCCGUUUGUGGGAGAAGAGCAGGAAGACCAACAAGAGGGAAAAGGAAGCGACCCAGACCCUGGUGAUCCAUCAGAAGACAGAUCAGUUAUGUCGUCCCCUGUGCCUGCCGAAGCAGAAACUGACACUGAUACUUGUGAAGCAAAGAUGGAGGAGUGCGUUGGAAAAGAUGACAACCGAGAUGCUGCUGAUGAGGUGAGACACGAUGGAGAACAACCAGUUGAUGGUGACGGUGCAAAGGAAGCUUCAAAAGAAGAUAAUCCAUCACCAGAACCAGAACCAGAUCUGAGUCUCAUACCGAGCCAACGGCCAGAGAUGUUGAUCAGUGAAGAAGAAGAUGAUCACACACAAAAACACGAGCACAGCAGAUCUGUUAGACAUCUGAAGGUACUGAGGUCACCUGCUGAGGUCUUAGUGCUGUCAUAGCGGUGCAGUAGAUGUGUGUGUUUGUCAGUGUGUCCCGACGGUGUGUGAAUAAAGCUGUUUCCAAACCCCCUAGAGUCUCAAGAAGGUGACGUACCUCUAUACAGUCAUGUGGUUUUUUUUUCAUUGCCUGCAGCUCAUUUGUGUCUCUUUCUUCUCAUAGACCUCAGGGCGAGGAACUGGCACCCCUUCACAGAGAGAUCAGGACCUGCAAAAAGAAAACCUCAAGCUGGCCUCUGAGAACCUGGAGCUGCGUUUUCAGCUGGAGCAGGCCAACAAAGACUUACCGAGACUCAAGGUAUGUGGACGAGGGAAAUAUUUCACAGAGGUGCCCUGGUUUGUGUUUGCAGUUCUGUUUGUUCUCCAAUCAGCAUUGACUAAUCACAAAGCAGCGCACAUUAACAGACAUCUGCCAAACAUCUGGACCCGACUGGACCAGCUGCUUUAUUUAUCUCCAUGCACAGAUUUAUUUAUUCUUCAGUUAUUUGAAUUUUAUUGAAGCAGGAAAGCCUCAGUAAGCACCAAAUUUGCUCAAAGCUGCAUCACUACAUCAAGUCUGUGUUUAGAUUUCAUCCUCCCCUGAAUAAAUCAGAAGCAGUCAACCUUGAUGGCACAUCUGAAAUAAUAGAUUGCGCCUCUAAGUAACUGAGUUCUGUGUUUCUCCUUGUUUACAUUGAAAUUGAAACCUACCACAAAUGGAUGUGUAACACUGUGACAUUUGUCCUGCAUUACCAACAAAUAAAGGGGUUCUGAAAGGGAAAUCAAACGUUCAAAUUGUUAAAAGAUACCAACUCAAAUUUGAUCCACCUUGAACAAAAGUCUGAAAUGAAGAACAAGCAAAUUAAAAGGCCAAAUAUGUGAGAUGUAAUUAUUCAACACCUUGAUAUUUCUGAACCAAUUUGAUCAAAUCUCCAAAAAACACAACUCAUAAAUGCCUCUUUAACAUCAUACACCAAAUAAUUCCCCCAAAAGAAACAAAAAUGUCCUCUGGGCCAAAGAGUUUUAAUAUUUACGUCCAAAUCUGGGGCGCAAUCAUCGAAUGUCCACAUAAACGUAAUCCCCAAGAUAGCAAAAAUGGUUAAAAAAAAGGAUUGAUCGAUCUCCAAAAAUCUCUGGUAUACCAGGUUGUCAAAAAAGAAGAAAACGACUCGCAAAAAUCUUACCAGGUCCAAGGAGGAAGGCAUGGAUCUGAAGCGUGGCUCCUUUGUUCUCCCCCACGUCAGGCUGCUGGCAAAACUGCAGAGAACCAGCAGCAGUGCAAGCCCGCAACCACGGCUUAUCCAGUGUCCUUUUCCCAACGGUUUAUUCUUUUUAAGUUACUCAUUUUCAGGCAGCAAGACAGUCCGAGGCUUUUCCUUACGCUUCCCCCACAUGCACAUCUUGCCUCCCUUAUAUAACCUUAGCUUUAUACUAAUAAUUAUACCACCUGAUGUUACAGGGAAUCGUUAACUGGGCAACAAGAAAACAUCUUUCUUUCUUUUUUAAAUACAACUUCCAAACAGCUUAAAGGGAUACUCCAGCGUAAAAUUAAGGGUCAAACACACCGUAACACCGAGUUAGACACUCCCUCGAGAGAUGAAUGUUGCCGACCGCUUGCUUCUCUUGUUAUACCAACUUUAGUUAUGACCGCAUCAUAGCAAUACACAGCGGUCUGAGGAGCCAUAAACAAACCUCAACCAAAACGAUGAUCAUUUCUUUAUCAUUUCCUUGAAGUAAUAAUCAACAUAUUAAUCAUUUUCCUCUGCAGACGCGGUAGUUCUUCUGCCUUAGCGUCUCGGUCUGAUUGCAUUUCCAUGAAGAACUGAUCAUAAAUGUUCUUCCUUGAGCUGCGAAACUCCCUGCACUCGGUAAUCGACUUAUCAGGGUUCCUCCUACAAACAAGCGGCUGCUGGAAGAGAGUGGGUGAGUUGUGUUUUAAAAAAAACAGGCAAAGUUAAAAAGAUGUUCGGUGGCGAGGACCCUAUAUGUACUGUUGAUGAAGUUAGGUGCUGUUCUGAGCAUUAUUUGUGGCGAUAGAGCGGCGUUUUGGUUGAGGUUUGUACCGCUGCAUAUUGCGGUCGUUUUUUAAGUUGGUAUUACUAGAGAAGCAAGCAGUCAGCAACAUUCAUCUCUCGAGCGGCUAUCUAACUCAGUGUUAUGGUGUGUUUGAUCCUAAAUUAAUUUUACAACGGAAUAUCCCUUUAAUUUCAAUUUCCUAUGGUGAUGCCGUCACAGAUGAACCUACCACUCCUAAGUGAAUGGCAGUGUUCAUCAGUUCCCUGCACUCUCAUGUAGACGUGGUUACUUUGGAGCAGAUGUUAAUUGUUAAUUUUUUUUUCAUUUGAUAGAAUCAAGUGUCUGACCUGAAGGAGAUGUACAGCGUGCUGAAAAAGGAGAAGGCAGAUGUGGAGAAAAAGCUGGCACAUAUACGUGGGGUAUGUUCAACUGAAGUCAUCUGUGUUCUGUUUCUCUUCUUUAUGUAAGUGAAUAAGUUUGAGAAGAGCAAGUCAGACAAGAAUGCAGACAGUAGAGGAGCUGCUCUUUGGUUCACUAAAAUCUAGUUACCCAGCUUCCUCUUGACGGUCUACAAUUAACAGUAUUUAUACGACGUUCUUCAUCAGGCCGGUCACAGCGGGAAAACGGUGCCUGAACUCGAGAAAACCAUCGGUCUGAUGAAGAAGGUGGUGGAGCGGGUGCAGAGAGAGAAUGAAACACUGAAGAAAUCGAGCGCACCUGCCAAUCAGGAGAAGAUCGCUGCCCUGGAGCAAGAAAACCAGAAACUAAAGGUGUCAGACUACAUCAUGUCCAACGUUGUCUUGUUUAAAAAAAGUCUCUUAAAUUGACAUCAGGUGUUCCUUUUUCCCAGGAUGAUUUCGACAAACUGAAGAGUCAAAGUGAAGCUGAGCUGAAUUCAAAACUGGAGUCUAAAACCAAAGGCCUGGAGAAAAUCGUCAUGGAGAACGAGCGUCUACGCAGAGAGAUCAAAAGGGUAGGUAACUCUUCUCGUGUUGUUUUUUUUGUUUGAGGAUUAAAGGCCAGCGGUAAAAAGCUCUUUUCAGGGACACCUCUUUGUAUUGAUUUGAUAUUGUUGCAGGAAAUGGAAACUGCAGAGAGGCUGAGAGUGACCAAGACGAGUGUGGAAGUGACCAACGAGAAGCUGGAGGCAGAGCUGGAGGAAACCAAGCAGAGACUGAGAGCAGCUUUAUCCAAACCCAUCGCAGAGGGAGCGGACAGUAAGACCUGGAAGGCUUCAGUGGUAACAAGGUCAGACUCCACCAGAGUUCCAUAGUCUGUCCAGGUUUGGGGUUAAAUGUUUAAGUGUUUUUUUUUUUUUUCUUCAGGAUGUUUGAGAACAAAAUGAAGGAGCUGGAGAAGGAGCUCGCCCAGAAGACCUCCAGUCUGUCUGAGCUCAAAGAUCGACUAAAAGACGUGACGGAGCGAGAGGACAGAGCUCAGAUCAGCAUCAGGCAACUUGAAGAUCAGGUACUGACGGAUCAAUAUCCAGAACUGAAUUAUAGCCGAGCAUAUUUCAGUUUUUACCAGGGAUGCAUUUUGUUGGAUUUUUGCGGAUAUUUGCAGCUUCUCUUACCUGUACAGGUGUAGUAUCUGAAAGAGUAUUAAAACGAUCAUUUUUGUCUUUUUUAGGUUGAUUUGUUAAGAAGUUAUCCUGCUGCAAAGACAGAAGGAGGACUCAUGAAGGAGUUCCAGGCAAUGAGGUUUGUCUAAAAACGGGUGGAGUCCUCUACUGAGAACAUUUCCUGGACGUUUCCUCAACUUUUUGAUUUAUUUACGCCAUGAAAUAACGAGCUAACAGUUCACAUCCCCUUGAUCCUGAUUUGCCAGACACGCUUCAAAGGUAUAAACAUGAAAAGAAAGCCUUUAUAUCAAUUCAUCACCCAGCGUCUGCCUUUAAUUAUUUGACUUACAGGAAAUUGUCUAAAAACAAAGCAAACAUCGUAAUAGUUUAUACUUUUAAACAGAAUAUACCUCACAUCCAAGAUUCAGACUUGGACACAAGCAGAGGUCGGUACACAAAAAGGCGGUCAGGUCAGGCAGAAGUAUCCAAAAACGUGAGGCAAAAAGGCAAGUUCCAAAAAGACAGGCAAAGGUAAACAACAACUAGACUAUCACUGUGAAAAAAAUGCUGGAAUGAGACACAAGACUGUGAAACACAUGAGGUUAAAUACAAGAGGUAAUGAGGGUGAUGGGAAACAGGAGAGACGCAAUCAGGCAACAGGUGUGACGAGACAGGGGCAGGACAGACCAGACAGGAACAAAUCUAGAGGACAGAAACAAGAGUUAGUGAACUACAAAAUAAAACAGGAAAUGCAAGACAUGAACAAAACAUAAAUGUGCAAAAAUAAAGGACAUUUAACUAAUAAAUGAACAGCAGGAAAAGGAAACUUAACAGACAUGAAAAGUCUACCUUUCUCGUCUUCAGACUGGUGAACAGUGAGCUGCAGAAGGAGAACGCCGAGCUGAAACAGAGGCUGAGUGAAAACCGCGAGAAACACGGCGAGACGUCCUCCAAACUAGGUGAGACUCAGCGCUCGGAAACAGGAGUUGUGUGAGAUAACGAACGUUAUCCCAUACGCUUGUGUGUAUGUGGCUUUAAGCUCCUGUAGGGAAUUUUCUGUGUGUGUUGAUUUUGGCGCCCCCUGUGGACAAAGUUGGAACCUUUUAUUAACGCUGAUUUUAACGACUCUCCCGGAAAGUGGUGUAAACUGACAAAAAAAACUCCUCCUGGUGUCUUUUACGAGUGAAAUCAAUCACCCACUGUAAAAAGUAAAAAGGCUGUUUCUUCAGCGCACCUACCCCCUCACAGCAAACACAGGCAUUAAAAAUUACAUUUUAACAACUGUCAGUCUUCUCAGCAGUGGUUGCAUUUGCAUUUGUAUGACACAGAGACGCGUUACUGUUCAUUUCAGUGUGUUUUGUAAACAAUCAAAAACUCCUCACAGGAGCUUUAACUUCAUCUUUAGAGUUUUCCUCUUUCUUCCUCGUUCUCUCAGACCACGCGAAGCUCAGACAUCUUCUGCAGGCAGCCGAGAAAGAGAAAAGCCAACUCCAGACCGAGGUUACAAAACUGAAGAAGGAACUGGAGAGCUUCGACCCGGCUUUCUUCGAGGAGAUCGAGGACCUGAAAUAUAACUACAACGUGGAGGUGAAGAAGAACGUUCUGCUGGAGGAGGAGCUGAGGAAGGUGUGCGAUCAGUUUGGCGUGAAGGCAGAACUACCCAGCGUGUCCAUCAGCUAACUCAGGGUUAAAGCGUGCCUUUAAAAAACUCAGACAGUUCAGACCACGCCUGAAAUGGUCUCAAAAAAUCUGAUCAUUCUGAAUCUGUUUGACACCAAAUGAAUCAGGAAGUCUCAGAGAAAUUCAGGGUUUUUUUGUGGCUAAUGGAGAAUAUUUAUCAGACAAAUACAAAAAAAGUGACAGGGACCAAUAUUUAAUUUAAGAUUGACUCUUUAUUUUCCCAACACAACAAAUAUGAGCAGAUUUUACACUUAAUCUGGAAUAAGUAAUACGUUAAAUUACUGUAAACUCAGUUGGAAUAACCUCGGCUUAUUUGUCUGACAAUAUGUAGACUCAUUAAUACCUCUGUUUUUAUUUUACCCAGCAUGCAGCAGGCAUGUUUUUUUUCAUUUGCAGUCAUUCUCAGCUCCUGAUGUGAAGCAUUAUUUCUUUAUUCAUCCUGCUUUUACUUUAACGGUACUCAGGAUUAAAGGGCUUUGGUCUAAUUUGCUACAUAAAUAAUCAUUUUUUACAGAAACUCCCACUCUGAGUGAAAGAAAAAUUCACCUUUAGCACUAUUUCUGUGAAAUACUUUUACAGCAGCACUGUACGCUUUAUGGUUUUUAAGUUAUAACAGUUUCAUAUCUUGGUCCAAUCCCCCCAAAAAAGCAAAAAAAUUAAAACAGACGUUUACAUUUGAGCAGUGAGGUGAAAUUGCUCCUCAGGCAGCUGUUUUCUCUUAAUAUGUGAUAUAAUUAAAUGUAAUUAGGUUAUUUUCUCUAUAUUUGUACAGUUGUGGCAAAGUGUUCGUGUAUUUUUCAAUAAAGCUGUUUCCAAACUGACUAGAAAACU